AUGUCCACGGAAAAAGAUUCAAUGGCUGAGAAUGUUGCUCUACAAGAAGCAAGUGGUAGUGUGCUAAACAUCAGUUCGCAUGAACCGCCUCCCGAAAAGCUAGAGGAACAAAAUGGCGAAAAGCGUGAAAAAUGGGGUCGAAAGGCGGAUUUCAUUCUCGCGUCCUUAGGCUACUGUGUCGGAUUUGGCAACAUUUGGAGGUUUCCCUACUUGGCAUACAAGAAUGGAGGAGGUAAGAGACUUGGAACACUUUUGACAUGGUAGGUUAUUUGAUCACUGUAUUGAUAUGCUAAUUCCAGCACGCCUGCCACAUGGUACUUAAUUCUAUCGAUUUCAAAUAGUCCGGAUAAUUUAAAAGACGAAAAGGUUUCCACUUCAAUUCAGGGUGUAUUGAAAAUCAAGACUGAUUGAAAGAUGACAUUAAAUUGUACUCCUGCUACGCAUCAGGUCGUUGUAAGAGUUGAGCUGCCCAGUCAGAGCGCCUGUUUUGUUGGUAUUCAUUGUCGCUCUGCAUUAGCCUGCGUAGUAGGCGUCGAAAGGGGUACUCUGCAUUGUCAAGCACGGUUCACGGGGAUGAAAUCAGCCUUUUCACGAAUCACGCAAAAUUCAGCGUUUGAUUUUAUUUGUCGUCCAUAUAGUAUUGCAAAACUGAGGACUAUUUUGAAUUGUUUAGUCAAGGUAAGAAAACCGCUGCAAAGACCGGGUACGAUCAAUGGUUUGCUCAACGUCGCAUCCAAAAAUUAAAAAGAUCGUGAUCAGUGAUAAUAGAUCAAAUUGAAAACGUUACAGUCAAGACGACUUUUGCAGGGACUGAUCAAAAAAGGUAGUCUUCAUCAGGUUUAUGGAGAUAUCACGAAUUCACAGAAAUAUAUAUGGAGUAAAAUAAUGACCGGAAAUUACAUAAUAUGACGUGGUAUGGUGUGACAAGAAAUCAUUGUUUUCACGCCCUAAAAUACUAAACUUACGUUAUCAAAUUCACAACUGCAUGCCUUACUCUCAGGGGCACCCAACGGCCGAAUGUUUCCAAAUACGUCAGAAGUGUCUCAAAUGGUUUUCUCCUGGCUUUAGAAGCCUGUUUAGUUAAUUUGGCAUUGCCCUAAAAACUGUUUAUCUGUUCGGAUGUCUCACGGGAACUUUGGUUGUCACGAAAGUCUUACGUGGCUUUUUCGUCUUAUCCGAAAGUGUUAGCUACCCUUACCGAAAUUUUUAGACUAAAAGGAGACCUUUUUUGACAAUAAUCGCAAUACCUUGCAUGGUGUUAAAAUGUGAAUAACACAACCUCCGAAAAUGGUAGUUAGGCUACUAGAAAACCUCCCAACAUUUAAGACAAAUGGAACGGUUAUCCAGUUAUUUUUAGCUUUUCUCAAGCUUUAGAAAUUCGCAAACCAAACUGACUUGAGAUCUAUAAAGCAUUUCAGGAUCGCUUGACUUUUCUAAAUCGACUUAUGAUAGUUUAGAUUAGCUGGAAUUUUUCGAUUUUGUGAAAUUUACUGAGAAUAUAGGAUUGCCGGCCAUUUAGUGUUUUGAAAACCUUGACCGGCAGUCGAGCUGGAAAAAGUUCUAAGUGUCACAAAACAUGGUUUCGUCCUCUGAGCCGAGCGUAAACCAAACACUAGACUUGAGAUCUAUAAAGCAUUUCAGGAUCGCUUGACUUUCUAAAUCGACUUAUGAUAGCUUAGAUUAGCUAGAAUCUUUCGAUUUUGUGAAAUUCGCUGAGAAUAUAGGACUGCCGGCCAUUUAGUGUUUUCAACACCUUGACCGGUUACCGGCCAUAUAGCCACAGCGAAAUUCGCUAGAAAUUCGGAGAAUUUCAUAGGCAAUAUGUACUCCUUCGAACAGUUAUUUUACAGAAACACGUCGCUGGGUGCCCCUGUAUUUUACACAAGCAGAACUGGUUACGCUUCAUUAUUUGAAAUCCUUUAAUGUGUGCGUAUGUGCAACAACAAUAUCUUUGCCAGUACUUUUAUAGGUCUCAUAAGGCAAUGACACAGAUUACACAAUCACAACUGUGCCUGCAUGUUCUACCACGUGCCUUACAAAUGCCUGUAAGCACAGGUAGCCCAAGCUCGAAAGUGAGCAUCGGCGCAUCUGCAUUGUUGCGUAACAUUCAAAAUAUAAGGAUUUGUAUGGGAAAAAACCUAUCGUUUCCGUAACCGACGAAAAUGAAAGGAUUUCAAUAAAGAACAGCUUACUUUACUUAAAAUGUGUGUUACGUCUCUCCUGUGUGGCCCACGGGCCGAUUUAUGGCCGUUUUAUGGGUAAACCUCUAUAUAGAGAGAAAACCGUUUACAUAAAAACCCAUGAAAUCAUAAAUAAAUCAUAAAUCGCCCCGUGGACCACACAGGAGAGACGUAACACACAUUUUAAGUAAGGUAAGCUGUUUUUUAUUGAAAUCCUUUCAUUUUCGUAGGUUACAGAAACGAUAGUUUUUUUUCCUAUACAAAUCCCUAUAUUUUGAAUGUUACGCAACAAUGCCGAUGCUCAUAUUUCGAGCUUGGGCGACCUGUGCUGCAAGGAGCAGUUCGUUCCCGAUAAAGGAAUACUGACCUACACGCUCUUUGCUGCCAGUCCGCAACAAACGCAUUCAUUGCAUUUGAGGAUGUUGUUGGAUCCACAUAAUAGACAACACCUUAAUUCCAAAACUUGGAAAACGCUUCCCUCAUUGUUCGUUCGCCUUAUUUCAUAUGAUAUCAUCAAAUGCGCGUCAUGAAGGAGUUAUUCGGGCCAGUCAUUUGAUCAUAUAUGCAUGUGACGGGUAGACAUGUCUGGGAUGAUCCUGGCAUUUUGUUCAUCUUUGUUGACAGACAUGACCUUGACAUUUCAAGUUCCUCGAUAGUUUAGGUUGAAUAUUUCGCGAAAAAUUAGCUAAUUAUAGACCCUGUUCACGAAUCUCGAGAAAUAAAAUAGUUAUUUCACCAAUCACGGGAUACGGAUCACGAGAAAGAUAUUCUUUCGUUCACGAUUCACGGCAAUCAAAAAUAGGUGUUCACAGUUCACGGAAAACCCUCUUUUGAUGAGUAUCCCUUUUUCACAGUGAUCGUGGAGCAAACAACAGAGAAAUAUACAUUACCUAGAAAUAUACAUUAAAUAGAAAAUUAUCCCUGGCGAAAAUAUGAAAAUAACGUGGAUAUUUUACCAUUACUUAGCAGAAUAUUACGCAUGCAUAUCGCUAGCUUGUGCAAACAUAGCCUGGGUAUGAAUAGCCUAAGUAUCACGCCUUCCUAAGGGGCCAGGGGAGAGGAGAUUUUAGAUGGGGGAGGGGGGAAGUCUCUCCCUUUUUCGCUUUCACCUUUCCCCUUUUCCCCAGAAACGCCUGAUACUCAGGCUAGGGUAUGAAUGAAUGAAUGAAGCUUUAUUUAAUCUCGGGUUUGAUGAGGUUGGUUGGACCUCUAGCAAAAAUAUGCUAAAAGCCGAGAAAAAUAAAAUAAAAAUCAAAUAAUAGAGAAAGAAAGGGAUAUACGAAAACUUAUUUACAGUAUAAAGCCUAAAAUUAAGUGAUAUAGCUAUUUACAAAAAAAAAACCUAAUUACAUAAUAGAAUAUAGAUAUUAUUGAGAAUUUGCUAGAACCUUAGCUGGCGGACUGCUUUUUCAAAAGCUGGCAAUGUACUUAGGGAUCUUAUGGUAUCAGAAAUCUUUUUCCAAGUAAUAGCCACCAGGUACUUUACUGAGUUCUCGCCAUAAAGAGUCGUAUAAUAAGUCGUAGUUACGAGUCGUAGUUACAGGCCGCGUGAGGGAAACACGCGAAGGAAAGAGGAGGCGCCUUUUCUCCCCUCGCGCGUUCUCGAGAUUUCUUCCUUUGCCCUGAAAAACCGGCGCCUGCUACGCCGGCCAGUGUGAGCAGGGCAAGUUAACAUAAUUUUAACAAUAACUAAGCAAUUUCUUCUGUGCUCAUUGAUUAAGAUUAACGGAAAUGGUGCAUAUUUCUCUCGCGCGCGUGCGAUUUUCUAAGAAUCGCCGGAAAUGCACUUCAGAGAAACCACUAGCCUCCGAUGCAACGUGGCUUUACUGCAAUUUGAAAAUUUUGAAAACAAUCUUUACUUUUUUCGUAGUCAAGUACGGGCGAACAGUCGAAAAAAGGUCGGGAGCGAGGCUAAAAACGGAGAGCGAGAUUAGGGAGGCGAGUGAGACGCUACGCCGGCGCUUCGAACCUAGAGAAAACGAUUUUGAUAAGCUUUGAUAUAAAAACCGACUGUUUUGCAGUCUACAUUUGUAAGGUCUGUUCCAGUUUAGCCACUUUGGAAAACUGUUGUAUAUUCGUUAAAUGGCACAACAGUUUAAGGACAACUAGUGAACGUGCUUCGUUAUAUCGGGUUCUUCGAAAAGAGGGGUUCUGAUUUACUGUUGCGCAGAGCCUGUGAAUUUGCUUAAAGACAAAUUAAAGCUUUUUUCAUUUGUAUUGCAAAAUCGCGGUAGGAAGAGGGAGAACUAACUUUCCUCACAGAGGUGUCAUAACCUAAAAUCUAGGAAGAAUUAAUUGGUAAAGCAAACCUCAUUUCCGUCAAGAACAUGAUCAAGGAUGAAGGCAGGUUAAGAGAGGAUCGGGAGGGGAGUUUACGUAGUAGGCGCUUGUAAGUGACAUGGGUGCAAGAAAAAACGGGACUAGCGCCCCGUUCUUUCUUGUGCCCGUAUUACUUGCAAGCGUUGCCACGCAAGCUUUCAGGAGAGAGAAGGGUGGAGUCUAAAUUUUCCCCUCUAUUUUGUCUAAGAUCAAUUUUUGACAUUGUAAAAUAGAAAACCAAACUCAACUCGUUUUCCCGAAAUCAAAUUUGAAUCCGUGCAAAGGCCAAAACGCGCCAUACUUUUCCAAGCUUUGAUUUAAGGGAAGAGAUGAUCUUCAAUUUUCCUUAUAUGCUUUCCAAAAUUGUAGCUUAUUUCUCUUACAGCAUCGUUUCUUAUUCCAUAUUUCCUGAUGUUGUUCCUGAACGGAAUUCCCUUUUUCUUCAUGGAGCUUGCCAUUGGUCAGUGGUUCAGCGCUGGAGUAAUUGGGGUCUGGAAAUCCGUGUGCCCUCUAAUGAAAGGUAAGCGUGACUCCAGAAGUUACAAAAAACGCAGACCGCGAGCGGUCGUCAUUCUUUCCUCAGAACCACGCGCGGCGGGCGAAAAAGUAAAAUUAUGCAAAUUAGAGGUAAAAAAUGAGGAGAGAUUAAGUGGAGAGAAAUUUUUUCCUUAUCUCGGACUGCACCCUCGUUCCUCGUGGCUUCGCCGCACGCCCUUUGCGCGUGUUCGCGAUCUACCGUGACUCAAAAAGAAAAGUAAGCGGUUGUAUCGGCCAAUUGGACAAGGUAUGAUUGAAAGGCGGGUUGUCACCUAUCAAAAGCUAAUGUUUUAUCAGAAUAUGUCCGAUUCACUGUCUGAUUUACCGUAUUAUAUGGUGUGACUGAUUGAUCGUAUUCCGUAAGAAUACGCAAAAGUUUUAUCGCAAAUCUCUUUUACGGUUAGACCACUUAAACGGUACGUACAUCGCAAUAUUUUAUUUCAAGGAGAUUUCAAGAUAUAUUAGAAAGUAAAGGGCGCCAAAACAAGUGACUUCUAGAGUUCAUUCCAUUUUAUUCUUAUUCUGGAAUACGAUCAAUCGAACACGCCCUUAAUAGAGUAUUUUCGCCCAACUGCUUAUACUGAUACACUCGCUUUGCGAGGUGAUUAAUUUUCGGUUAACUUUAGGCAUAUUUUCGCAGCGAUCGCUCAAUACCUAGCUGUUGGGUGAAUACGCUACAAUGGAUUUCAGGCGCAGAGUGGGGUAGGGCAUGCGCUACAGGGGGAUGCGCAUGAAGUCGAGGGAACGGUCUAUCCCGUCUAUUUUCUUUGCUUUUUUGCCCUAUCCUAACUCUAAUCCGGUGUUUAACCCCCUCCUGCAUCCUCCCCAUCACCCUUCCCCAUGACCAGAUCAAGAUAUUUAACAAAUAUUCCUCGAGCCCGAAUGGGCUCUGAGUCAAUAGCCAAUGAGGCCGAAGGUUUUAGUAAAAUCCAACUAGUUGGUCAAAAAUAUCGAGACAAAACAACUUUAGCUAGCAAAACGCGAUUCAGCCGCCAUUGUUUUGGUUUUCAAAGCCGGCGCUUUUCGCUACUAGUGGGCUUUAACAUAUUGCCUAGUAGUAGCUCAACCAAUCAGAAAGCAGCAUUGAUAAUAGACCACUACUUGGAUAUUACUAAUAAAUGAUAGUUGCUCUUAACGAUUCCAGUCUAGGAGGCAGCAGCUACAGGAGGUAACGUGGCUGAGUGGUCAGCGCGCCGUCCCGGGUUCGAGUCACGCUCUGGUCACUUGCUGGAAUUGUUCUCGGUCGUCCCAAGUUCAAAUCCUCGGCCAAAAUGUAAAUAGCCAACUGAUUGCCUGUUAGCGGCCAGUUAAGGCUUUUAAUCCCGUUAUGUUAUAUUUGAAUUAUUUGUUUCGUAGUAAGUAUUUGAGUUGCGUGCCUGUAAACUAACUACAGUCGACUCUCUUUUAACGGACACCUAGAGUUGGCCCCUGCCUUUCUCUAUUCCCUUUAUUUGAGUGUCUAUAAGGUGGACACCUCUCUAAGACGGACACUUAGUGCCGGUCCCGAAGGUGUCCGUCUUAGAGAGAGUUGACUGUAUAAACAAGUCUUUAAACCUUUUUUUAGGUAUUGGUUACGCUAUAUGUGUGAUGUCCUAUCUUUGCUGUAUCUACUACAUUAUCAUUUUGUCAUGGACGUUAUUCUACUUGUUCGAAUCAUUUCGAUCUGAGGUUCCUUGGAAAACAUGCGAUAAGCCUUGGAAUACAGAAUUUUGUCGGUAAGUUUAGUAUUUGACCAUUUUCGUGCGAGAUGAUAUAUAGUUACCCUUCGCUGAGCCUGGCAACAAUCGGGAAUCAUAGAAUUACCCCCGACCAACAAAAGUUAACGCAAAUCGAAAGGAGAGUGUGUUUGGCAUCGGUGGAUAGUAAUACUUCUCAAACUCAUUAAUAAUUCAUAAAGAAAAUUCAAAGGAAAUUAAUGUUUAAUGAGUGUUUGGAUAUCAGAUGAAAAACUGCUCAUUUUUGACCAAAAAAAUUUUGUUUAACGCAAAACAUUCGAAAGUGUUUCAUCACCUGAUGAAACACCUCGAAGUUCGUCAAAAAUACUCCGCUGCGCGUCGUAUUUUCAACUCUCUUCUCGGUGUUUCAUCUGGUGAUGAAACACUGCGUCUCAUGAUUGAUAUAUUACAUGAACAAUGCGUUUCUUCUCAUGUUGGAUGCAUGAAUUGCAAACUUCGCUUCAAAUGCAACCUGCAAAUUAACGUUUUUGUUUUAACGUGCUGUCCUGAUAUUUAGUUUUCUUGUUUCAGUCAAAUUACUAAUUUGAGACCAUUCCCAAACGACCUCCUGUAUCCAAUUUUUGAAAAGAAACACCUGAAAAAAGGUUCACGGCAUGACAUCAGCGAAUUUCGUUUUUCUUUCCGUCGCCUUUGGGGUUUUUAUAAGGAAAACCUCCUGAAAAUCUGCAGGAAGUUUCAAGAAUUUUAAAUUUGAUCUUUAAAAAACCACCAAUGUGGAACUCUUUAUUUCAGUAACAUUUUAACGUUGGCAGAGUCACAGCUAGCCUGAUAAACGUUAUUUUUUGGCGUUUCUCAGGCAAGCUAAGGCCAGCGAGUGACGGGUGUGGAUCGCGAGACACGCACAACGGGUUAUUUUUCCUGCGCACUCCUUCGUCGCUCGUUGCUCGCCUAAAAAACGAGAAAACAUAACGCCUGUUAUGUCGCUAGGCCUCAGCAUGGUGUAGCUAUGAAGUAUGAUUCAGUCAAGUGAGUCACACAUGAACGUACCUAUUCUCGACAGAAACAUCUUUUUAUUCAACUUAUUUUUAUUAUUGUUUUAAUUUACCAAAACAAAUUAAUAUAAAAGUGCGUUUAACUCCUUCUUUUAUAGAGCAGAAAGAAAAGGAGGUGAUAUUUUUAAUUGCUCAGCGUACAAUUUGCCAGAAAAUUGCACUGCCAAGUAUACCUCUCCAACCGGCGAGUUCUGGACGUAAGUAUACUCUAAUAAUUUUGUUAUUUUCCCUGGCUUUUUGCUUCGAUUUUAUUUAGGCAAAGCAACAAUAUUGCGUUUGUUAUUGAUAUGCUAAGCUUAGUGCCAUGGGUUAGUUUUGUGUAGAUUACGUGAAUAAUUACCGAGUCUUUGCACGCGUCCUGGCGAAUUUCAAGUUGCGAAUUCAGUAAUGCGACAUCGAAAAUAUUGGAAAGAAACGCAAAAUAUAAUUUCUACGCAGAAAAGAAAUGACGUACUACAGUUUUUAAACACUUUCACAAAAUCUAAAUAUUCUCUACGUAUUUGGUAAGUGAUAGACGGAUAAUUAACAAUUAUUCCCCGAGCCCAAAUGGGCUCUGAGUCAAUAGCCCAUGAGACCGAAGGCCGAACGGGCUAUUGAGUGACUCAGAGGCCAUGAGGGCGAGAGGAAUAAUUUGUUUUAGUAAAAUCCAACUAGUUUGUCAAAAAUAGCGAGAAAAAAAAAUAGCUAGUUAAAGCUAGACUUUAAUCCUUUUUUGCCGCCAAAAAGCCGGCGCUUUUCGUUACUAGUGGGCAAAAACAUAUAGUCUAGUAGUAGCUCAACCAAUCAGAACGUAUAGCAUUGAUAAUAGGCCACUAGCUGGAUUUUACUAAAAUAGUUUAUAAUUUAUAUGUCCAUAUUUAAGACACAAUGUACUGCAGAUAACUGAAGAGAUUGGAGACUUUGGAGAUAUGCGGUGGGAGCUAGUUGGAACUACAUGUCUUGCUUGGGUUAUUGUAUUCUUCUGCCUCUUUAAAGGAAUCAAGUCAUCUGGAAAGGUAAUUCAAACAAUAAGGAGGCAUCGUGGCCCAGUGGUAAGAGUGCUGGACUUGUAAUUCGGAGGCCCCGAGUUCAAGUCCCGCCUUGACCGCUAGCUGGAUUUGGGUUCGGUAGUCCCGAGUUCAAAUCCUCGCUCACGCUUGUGAAAUAACCAACUGGUUUGCCUCAUACUAGUUGGGAUUUUUAACUAUGUUAUGUUCCAUUUAAACUAUUUUCAUUAUCUCUGAAAAGCCUCAUAAGGGGAGAGAAUAAUUAUAAAAGUAUAUUUUCAAUUAUUAAUUAUCCUGAUUUAUCAUAUGGCAAAACAGUACUAGUACAGCCACAUCCUUUACUGAGACUAGUACUUAAAGUUACCGUUUGUCAUUAACUUCUCAACGUUUUAUUUUUAUAAAUUCCAGGUCGUCUACUUCACAGCUACGUUUCCUUUUAUUGUUCUUUUCAUUCUCUUCAUCCGUGGCGUCACUUUAGAAGGUGCUGGAAAAGGAAUUCUGUUCUAUCUUAAGCCAGACUUCUCACGACUUGCUGAUCCUCAGGUAAUCAACAAGCCUGAGUGGCAGACGCGCGCGGUAAAGGAAGAUUUUUCUUGCAGGCACGAGGGAACGCGAAGGCGGUAGGAGGCUAGGUUUCUCCCCCGAGCCGCCAAUCCUUCCCACACCCCCUCCCUUCUUCCGAAUGCCCGCCAUGCACGCCUUAAACACAUUUUUGUUCCUCUUCAACAAGUGUGGCAAGGGGGAAUCUAAUGAGGAUCCUUGAAUUCCCAUGUAUCGCCCUAUUCACCGCAGCCUAGCUAAGUCAACCCUUCCCCCUCCCCUCUCACCAUUUGGUUUCAAGACGCAGGGUAAAAACAUCUUAAAGCGACAAGAGAGGAUGGUAAUUUGCAAUUUCUUAAAAUCUAUCCAUCCUUGAGAUUAAGUGUCACAACACCGAUUUAAAAAGAGCCUAGCUAGAGCAAAAAGCCCCUGCAUGUGACCCCACAAAUGGCUUGAUUGUCCUUUCAAAUUGACUUGUAUUUGCUCGUGGAACAAGUGAAAAAUGUUUGCACUAAAUCACGCAGCACUUCAAUUGCAACGGACAAAUCUAGAAAUCUAACUAGUGUUUCCUUAUUUUCCAACUCGAAAACCCUGGGGAUAUGGCAGUCUGUCAUCACCUGUCGAAGUCGUCAGUUUCCAUGGGUUGUAAGCGAUGGAUAGUGGCUAUGUUCGCUGGCUAGAUUCGAAGGAAGUGAAAGGUUACCACAUCAUCGUGCCAAUGAAAUUUCAUUUUUCUAUAUUAGGUGUGGAUUUAUGCUGCGACUCAAAUCUACUGGUCACUUGGAGUGGGCUUUGGAACCCUCAUCACAUUUGGAAGCUAUAACACCUUUCAAAACAACUGCCAUAGGUACCAAAGCCAGACCGGCAUCAAUACAAUUGCCGUAUUUACUCAAUUGAACGCCACGGCAUUUAUUCGAAGGUGGAAUUAAUUUCAAAAUCACACGAAAUUCUUAAAUCAAUGCCACAAUCAUGAUGUAAAUCGUUUAGUGAAUCAGUAAUGUGUAAAACACAAAGGAAGAUGUUUAAAGCUCAAGUGUCUGGCAUUUUUGUUACUGAGACAAAAUCCUGCCGGAUUAUCUGGAUGGUGUAUACUGAGUUUUUUCCUAUAAUCCUGGAAUAAGCGCCGCAUUCUUCUGACUGGGCGCGAUAAGGACGGUGUUUAUCUGUGGCGUUUAUUGGGGGUGGCGUUUAAUCGAGUAAGUGCGGUCUAGCCUUCACAAUACUUUUCUAUGGCUUAACCUUAAGUGAACGUGAGCCGUGACAGAAAGUAGUUUUGUGACACCUGUUCUUGUUGUUCUUCUACAGAGACGCGUUCAUCAUCACAUUCACUAACUGUGGGACCAGCUUUUUCGCGGGUUUUGUGAUUUUCAGUGUUCUUGGUUUCAUGGCGUUCAUCUUGGACACUACAGUGGCCAAUGUUGCUACUUCUGGUGGGUGUCAUAUAUAAAAACUGUUAGUAAAAUCCAAGUAGUGGUCUAUUAUCAAUGCUGCAUUCUGUUGGUUGAGCUACUACUAGGCUACGUGUUAUAGCCCAUUAGUAGCGAAAAAGCGCCGGCUUUUUGGCCCCAAAAAAGGGUUAAAGUCUAGCUUUAACUGACUAAAGUUGUUUUGUCUCGAUAUUUUUGCUAACUAGUUGGAUUUUACUAAACAAUUAUUCCUCUCGCCCUCAUGGCCUCUGAGUCAACAGCCCAUGAGGCCGAAGGAAGGGCUAUUGACUCAGAGCCCAUUCGGGCUCGAUGGAUAAUUGUUAUUAUAAAUAAUGAUGCCUAAUAUAAGGUAUCUUAAUUCCGAGUUUUCUUGCCUUCAGAUAUUUCUGGACAUAAGUGUGGUAUGUUAAAAAUGUACUGAACAUACACUUCCGUUUAUUUCUGAUCCGCUUGCCAGGUCCUGGAUUGGCUUUUGUUGUUUAUCCUGAAGCAAUAUCCCAAAUGCCUUUGUCGGUUUUGUGGGCCAUAUUGUUUUUCUUCAUGUUAGUUACUCUUGGACUGGACAGUCAGGUGAGCAAGACAAAAAGUUAACAUCUUUUGUGCAAGAUAUUCAUGUUCAUUGUAAAUGACCACUGUGACCACGUGAUUUUCCACUGAAGAUGUAAUCCACUAGUAUCUUAGGUCCACGCAGCAUUUCCGUCCAUAUACGUAUAACUGAUCCACUACCACAUUUGUAACGACAUUUUCACGUUUGUAACCUUUAGUAUUUAACCCCGGCUUCUUAGAAUACUCGUCCGCUAAAAAAUAUUCAAGGAAUUCUUACUCUCCUUUUUUUGAAUUUCAGUUUGCCACGAUUGAGGCAGUUAUUACCGGCAUAGUGGAUGAAUAUCCAUGGUUGAAGAAAGGCAAAAGAAAGAUGAUAUUCGUAAUUUUGUUGUGCUUAAGCAUGUUUAUUCUUGGGCUUCCGUGUGUUACACAGGUGAGUUAACAGCCGCCAAACUUGUCUGAAAUGUUCGUUGAUCGAACCUCAGUACGCCUUCCUGACUAUGAUUCACCCAAAAAAUAUAUUAUUUGGAUGAUCUACUCAAAAUGUUCGGCCUUUAUCGUCUGCAUCUUCACGGUACCGGCUAUUAACACUGCCUCCAUAACCUGUAACCCACCAUAACCCUAGUUACUACCCUUACCUUCCUUAAUAAAAAAAGGAAGGCAACUAUUCACCAAUGGGAGUUCGAACGCAGGCAGGUUGUGCUUAUUGGCCGGUGUGCACUUGCCUAAAAUACUGGCCAUUCAAAGAGGUGAGGGGGCGGGAAGAGAGCUUUACUGAAGAAGAGGCCUCAUUAUAACAAGGGAGUUGUAACGAAUUUGUUUGGUAUAGCUUAAACUGUACCGUGGUUAUGAACUUCUCUGGAGGUAGAUUUCCACUUACGCUUAAUUUUCAAGUGCGCAAAUAAAAUGGAGGCAAUGUAUGAAGUGCCGCACAUAAACGUAAAAGCGCGUUAAGCAAAAGUGGAAGUUGGCUACCAAGCAGUUACAAAAAUUUUCAUUAAAAAUAAAGAAAUCAUGAACAAAAGUGCCGUGUUUAGGUUGACGUUAUCCUUUCCAAAUGUAUCGGGCCUGGCCCUUCAUCAGUGGAAUUACCAGUUCAUUGAAACCGUUGCAAGGUUAUCUGACUUAUAGACAGAUACAGUACAACGGUAAAGGUUUGCCGUUUAGUCUUCUUCAAAUUGAAACUGCAGUCUUUCAAAUAAUCAGUCAGUCAUAAUGGAUAAUUACUAAAUCGUUACAAAGUAGUGGCGUUUCCUGCGCAUGCGCAUGCCUCUGAUGGGUUUUUCCGAGUUGAACAGCCUUGUAUAUAGCUUGUAUAUAGUUCCCUAUACUACGGUUUUCGUUGUGUCUUUGUUAGUAUUCCGUAAAGCCAUUCAAAAAAACUGGUAAUGUUACCUUUUAAGGGUGGAAUGUAUAUAUUUAACUUGAUGGAUUACCAGACUGCUGGAUUGUCUUUGCUGUUUAUAUCUCUGAUGGAAGUUAUCUCUAUUGGGUGGAUCUACGGUGAGUGCAGAAUAAUUGAUCAAACUAAACGCUUAAAAAAAGUAAUAACUAUUAUUAUUAUACAUUGUACUCACUAUCUGUAUUCUCAUUGGCUAAGAGCCUACAGCUAAUUUUGGAAAUCAUCGCAACCUGCAGAUUAGUUAGUUAUCUGCUAGCAGAUAAUUUACUAAUCUGUAGGUUGCGCGAGCAAUGCAUGAUUUCCAAUGACAAUAUCAAUUUAAGUUCCUUGCAAUGGUGUGUUUGUCUUUAUUUUCUUCAAAACAAUGUAUAAUGAAACAAUUAUUAGAUUCGGUUUUUGUGAUAUCCUAAAUAACCAAGAUCUCUGUAAGUGUUAUCAGCAUCGGCCUUCGGCUUUGGCUGAUAACUCUUACCUCGACCUUGAUUAUUCCGGAUAUCACAAAAACCUCAGCCAAUAAUUGUUUAUUAUCGCCGCAGCAGUCCUGUCCGGAGCCCUGCUGGAAUUUUGUGCUGAACAGGCUUUGUAUCAUCGCUAUUUUCACAUUGCCAAUACACUUUGGUUACUCCCAACACCCCCCUCUCCAACCCUCCAAAAAGAAAACAGAAAGUUGCAUAAGCAUUGUUUUUGUCUUGCCUUGCGACGCACGACUGUGAUACUGUGAUACCCAAGAUAAUUUGAAAAUAUUUCGAUUUUUUGUUAAUUUUUUUUGGUUACUGAUGAAUUAUGGGCAACGUCAAAGUGGAGAAUUCUCGUUACCAAAGCCUCAGGCUCUAUGGCUGCUCAUAACCCGGAGAUUCUUAGUUCGGUUCUCAUGCGCAGUUAAGAAAAAAUUACUCUGGGGUCGAGAAUGCUUUUUUGCAUAAUUAAUGCAAGGUUCGCAGUGUCAUGGGCAGGCUGAUCCCUUAGCUGCAUUACGGCGGCUUUUUAAAAAUGAGCGUAAAUUUACCACGACAAUAAGUUGCUAGAAAACUUACAUUUAAAACUGACGGAUGGGAGUGUCUCGCAAUCAUUCAGAGAUGCUUAACGUUUGUUAAUUUUCCGCAAAGGUGUUGAUCGAUUCAGUUCAGACGUGGAAGCUAUGACAGGUAGAAAGCCAAACUUGUGGUUCAGAAUUGCUUGGAAAUACAUUUCACCUGUCGUUACACUGGUAAGCUACUUAUGUUACUGGGGUGCCAUUAUUUUAAAAUUACAUCGGAGUGCUGUACACUGUAGGAGUACUCGACAAGAUAGAUAGCAGGUCCCAGUUGUUCAAAAGGUGGAUAACGUAAGCCACCGGAUUAAUCGCUAUCCAUCUCUUAAUCUAUGUUCAGCGGUAGUUCUAACUUUAAACUUUCAAACGUCAACUUUAUUUCAGUAAAAAUGGUUUUUACAAUAGACUGGCCCGCAAAAUAACGAUUGCUGAUCUAGGCGGCCCAGUUUAAAGGAAAAAAUAAAUGAAGGGAAGGAAAAUAUUUUAAGUUACACUAAUUCUUAUUUCUAUCAUAAUUUUGUUAUUACGAAAAAUCUUCAGAAAUUUUCCGGAGUAGUCUAAAACCACUGAUCAUUUCUGUAUCUUCGCAUCCCACAUAGGAGAGUAUUCAGUAAUAAUUUGGAAUAAAAUUUCGAUUGAGAUCCAGGGGAUAGUGCAAUUGGUGUCCCUAAUACUUAUCCACUGGCAUGGAAUAGUGAUUUAUCCUUUGGAUAGCGCUAUUUCGUUUUUGAAAAACUGACCCUGGAUUCCCGCCUGGUGUAAGUAGAGAGAUUAAGCAUCGUGUUCACGGCAAACGGCAAACGUGAGAUUCACGUGGAGAAAUGCUAAAAAUGAGAAAUGAGCAGAUUUAAAAAAUUUGUUAUCCAUGGAUACAAAUUACAAGUUAUGCUAAUUUAUGACGAACCUCUAUGGAGCGGCCACUGGCCGGUACCCAGGCAAGGGGUAGAGGUUUAUAGAGAUUCGACUGUACAAGUUUCAAAGCGGACGUUCUUCGGUUAAGUUUAUUUUUAAUUUUGAUCGCCUAUUUCUCCCUCGUUCCUUUCCACAGAUAAUCAUCAUGGCGAAUAUUAUUCAAUGGAAUGGAGUGUCGUACAACAAAAAACCUUACCCCGGGUGGGCUGAGUUUAUUGGCUGGGUUAUGGCUUUAUCUUCCAUGUCACUUAUUCCUGGAUUUGCAAUUUACCAGCUCUGGAAAACACCUGGAAGUAUUAAAGAGGUAAAGAAGUUCUGAAAUUUCCCCUAAUUGACUUGAAACAUUUGUGAAAUGUUGCCUGCCCGCAUAAAUUAGCGAAAUUUCGCAAAGGAAGUAGAAGUUAGUCGUUUUGACUUAUCUUAUUAUAGAAAAUUAAAGCUCCAUGAAAUUAACGCGAGUCGUUAACAUUCGUGUUAAUUUAAGUCGCGUUAAUUUUGUUGAGCGUUGAUUUCCGCGCUCUUAAUUUCCAGUAUUUUAACUCCAAUUUUGGCACCUGUCCAGACAUUCUUGGCACCUAAAAAACAUUAACUACAAGCUUUCUUUCUUUCUUUCCAUUUACCCUUUAUUUUUCAUCUUUCACAAAAGCUAAGGCAAAGGUUUACAAUAUUUCGAGGUCAUCUUUAUCGUUGUCGCUGUCAGAAGUGAUGUCAAUAUCUUGUCCUUUGGUUUCAGCCAAGAUAGAUUUCGAAUCGUCAACACCAACUGUGUCUUAAUGGCGUUAAUUUCCUUUAUUAUGAAAUUCUACCUCCUCUUUCGCGUUAAUUUUCUUUAUUCGAAAGUCGUUUUCCAUUAAAUUCACGUUAAUUUCCAAUACCUUAAUUUCAUGGAGCGCUAAUUUCUUAUAAUAAGGUACGCGUUGAACUUUUAUCUCUGGCAUAAGAAAUUUAGUAUCACCAUAGGAAAAUUCUACAUUAUGAAGGCAAUCCAUAAUCUAGCGAAGUUUCACAAGAUCUUGGGAUUUACCGAAGGUUUUUUAUUCUGCGUAACUUCACCCUGCUCUUAUGUUUUAUGAAACCUAUUAGCACCAUGUGGCUCUUGUUAGCACCUAGGUAUGUUGCUGAAAUGAUAUCACAUUAUAUAGCUUAUAUCAUAGGUGACGAUUUACUCCUUAAUUUUGGCGCGAAAUUUCAGCGUUAAUUUAUAAUUUCAAAUGUGAAAUUACAAAAUUGCCAUGGCAACCAAGUUCCGUACGUCUCAGUGUCAAGAUGGCGACGAAAUUUUAAAAUGCCGUGAAUGAAGAUGUCAGGGCACAAAAAGACGCUUUAGAAAACCUGAACACUCAAAAGAACAUCAAGUAGGAUCCUAACAGGUAUUUUGCCGAAAAAAUCUGAAAAAUUCUGAACUUUUUAAGCCAAAUUUAAGGUCUAAACAUUUGAGAGAGUGGAGUUCUCGAUCGAUACGAUCCAGGAUAAACAUGUCAAAAAUCCAAAAUUGGUAACGUAAUUCGUCACCCAUGAUAAGGCUUGGGAAAUUAUUAGGAUUUGGACAAAACGCGCGUGAAAUUAUUCCCUAAUUUCACUCGUCACCAUUUGAUUACACAUACAAAUCUACUGCAAGAAUUUAAAUCACUUUUGUAUGUCUUUGUCAGCGCUUCUCCAUACUUUUGAAACCCGAUGAAAAAAUGAUGGCCCGAAUUGAACGAGACCAUGGUCUCCAGCGCGAUAAGAAUGAAGACCCGAAUUUGGUGAGUGUGCCGCUGGUAUAACUAUGUCCUAACACGUACUAAAGCUAUACUUUAUAAUGGCCACAACUUUGCAACUGAUAGAUGAUCGAGUUAGAAUUUUCGAGGAAAUUUUUAAAAGAAUGCGAAGUCAGCUGAUUCUCAUUGACGUUUUAAUUUCCGUCAUCGGAUCGUAAGGCUCCUACUGAGAUUCAGGGAUCGUCGAUCAAAAUUUGCGGGUAAUUACAAUCACUCUCUAGUGUUUAGCCAUUUGGCGCAGGAAUAGAGUUUCAGUAUUGCAUGUCAUUGUUUCAAUGUUACCCGGCAAUGUUAUUGGAAUGUGACCGGGUGAAGUAGCCUCCGUGACCCUCAGAGAUGCAAGACUGACAGGCACACAAUGUAAUUUCUGUUGCUGCAAUAGAACUCGGAGGUUGUAUAGAUGGAUUUGGCCAUUUUGGGGCCGCGCUUGAACUGUAUUAAGGACUGUUUUGACAGACGAAUUUUGACCCAUUUUCCUCCACAACUUCGUGAAACCCAAUACAAAAAGGAGCAGUGUCCUUAAAACCAUCUCAGGCCCAUAGUGCAAUUCGACACAACACCGACCCAGUCUCAGGUGCCUUUCUUUAUUCUUUUCCGUGUUUUUUUUUUUCUUUCUUUUCUAUUCUCAUUUUUCCUUACGUUUUUUUUUUUUUGGUUUAUGCUUCUGUUUCAUUUUCCACUUUAUAGCUGUGAGAAGCAACCAUGUGAGACUGAUCAAUGCAUUGUCUAUACCCUUUCAACUAAAUGCUGCUGGGAAUUCGGCGAUUGAGAGCAAGCCCAGGUGGUAAUUGUUAUGAAUCCAAAUCGUACAACUCUGUCUUAUUUUUUUUUUUAAAGCAUAACACUAGCUACAAUUAUGUGAUCAGAUUUUGGAAAACGUAUUUAAUACCGCUUUAAUAGGCCACAACAUGAAUAAGGUACAUACAGAUUAUUUUCUUUUCUUCGUUAGUUGUUUCAUUUUUCUUAAUAGAAGUUUUUGUAAUUUUUAUUCUCUAGCCCAAAGUAAAUUUUAUGGUUUAGGCUAUAGGUUAAGUCCAGUCAGCUCAGACAACGGAGAAGCAAGUCAGUGUUUCAGUUCUUUUUUCUGUUUAUUUAACUUUUACAAAAUAAAUGUAUAGAAACGAAUGAUCCUUUCUUGCAUGACUUGUAUAAAAUCAUUAUGGUCGGCAUGUCUUGGUUUUGUUCUGGUCUUCAAGAAUCUCGCGGGGGAGGGGCUACUCCUAUGAAAUAAACUACACGGGCCCCGGUGAAUGCCACUCAACCCCCUCAUUAAAUAGAACUGGGUAUGCAAAUAAUCUUUUCUCUGGUCUCUCAGGAAAAGGGGUUCAUUAUUUUUAACUUUAAUUAUAAUUUUAUACUCUUCAACGCUGCAUAAUGGUCGUGUUUGUUCCCAGGACCCAGUUGUAAUUCAACGAGAUUAUCACUGGCUUCACUUGACUUCAUGAACUGGGUAAUGGCCUUCGCGUUUUGGACAGUUUUUGGCAACUUAUUUAGAGCUUCUGUAUGAAGCUUAUACUGCCAUAACCUAUGACUAUAAAACUGAAUAACUUUUCGAAAGUGCUCGACUACAACCAGAAUUUGUCUUCCUAUUUUCCCCCGUUUCAUUUUUUAGUCUAUUCAUUGCUGUGUGCAAUAGCUUUGUCCAUUUCCACUAGAGCUUAUGACUGCCUGUGUUUUCACGUAAAUCUGCAUCUAAUUAUCACGUAACCUCUGUGUCACGGCUGACCAUAGUUCGUUUUGGGAAUACAGUAAAAACCCGCCUAUAACAACGUAGAUUUUACAUAAGAACCUGUUUUAGCCUACAAUUUUGAAACAAGUUCUUAUUUUGAGAAAUUCAGUUAAAACUGAAUACACAAAUUUAAUUGAACAAGCUCUACCAGUGAGUGUAAUAAAGAUAAAACCCUGGCAAUGAGAUAAUUUACAUUUAGAUCUACAUAUAUCCUUGUUCUUUUGUUCUGUUUAACUUGCAUAGCUUUGUUAACGUGCUUGGAUUAAAUGGAUUUUUAUAACAUAUCAUGCAUGCAAUACCAAAAAUAGGUCCAAAAUAGGCCACACCCACCAAUAACAAACACCUUAUUAAUUUUUUAAAAAUAAGAACCUUUUUAAGAACCUGAGUAGCCUAUUUUCCAGUUAGCACCAUUUUUAUAAAAACCUUCUUGGCCUAGCUUGGAAAAACUUACAUUCUUAUAUGCGAGUUUUUACUGUGCGGAUUACACGUCUUAAUUUCGGAAAGGAAAUUUAAAAAAAAGUUAGAGACGGAAUUACUGGCAAAAUCACAGAUAUGUGAUACGUAUCCCAAGCAUUAAAUCAAACGAUACAGAAAACAAAAAUAAACUAUAAAAAAAAGUUAAACUAACAAUUUUAAUCCGUUUUAAUCUUCUUAAGCUUCAAGUUUGUCCAUCCCUGGCUUGUCUUAGUCUGCAUUAUAACUGAGUAGGAUUAUAUUUAACCUUCUUUUAAAUGUUUUGAGGUGGUUAUUUUUGUUUCAGUCAGUGUGGUGGCAGUUCUCGCUGUCUAAAUUUUGAUUAAUUUCGUGACACGGCUCCUUUAAUCAUGUUUAAGCUCCUCGAAUUACCGUCAUUCCUCGAACAAGAAUCUUGCGCCUGGGGAAAAAGUAAAAACAAAUAGUCUAGCACCUACAAUCUCGAACAAAAUAAAUGAUAAACGUACUUACAGUGACGUUACUUAUCCAUUUUCAUUUUAAAAAACACAUAAAUGUUUUCCGGUUGAAUUUCAAAUCAAUUCAUCAAUAUUUUUACAACGAAGGCACCAAGAUUAGAACACCCUUUGUCAAAGAGGCGUGGUAAUACUUGUACUCCUCAAACGUAGGUGACAAUGUUUUCCGGUCGCCCGGUAAGUACAAUCGCUCUUUCCCCGCCAAAUUCGUUCAUGGAUUUGUUGACGAGUUCUGAAAAAUGGUAGGAGCCAGAAGUCUAUCUUGCCAGAAACCUAUCAGCGCUGAUUAUAAACAGUAGAUACGUUGACAGCAGUUCACCUUUCAUCUCAUUUUUGCCAAUAAAAAAAAUUAUAAAGCAACGUUGUUUGGCGUCGGUAAUGCAAUGCCAGUCUAAAUCAGUCUAACGCCGCUGACCUUUUGCACUGAGUUUGAUUACUUCCCUGUAACUGUAUACUCCACAUCCUAGUUCGUUUCAGCGUGUUUCAGUAGAGGAAGGCAGGAGCGCGGUAAACAACGUUGACAACUAUGACUGCCGAAUCAGGCAACAAGAGUGACUUUGAUCUCUACCCGGUUGCAAAUCCAAGCAACAUCACCCUCACAAGAGCCGAAGAGAGGCAAGACGAUGUUUCGCCGAUUAUCACAGAGCCAACCCGUGAGAAUUGGCCAAGAAAACUAGAUUUCCUUCUCUCUUGUAUCGGGUAUGCUGUCGGGCUUGGAAAUGUAUGGCGCUUUCCUUACCUGUGUUACAAUAACGGAGGAGGUAAAUUAUGUUUCUUCAGUUUGCUUUUUUGUGUUGUAUUUCUGCACAUCUUGCGUACAAAAGGUGCAAAAUAUGUUGUUAUGUCAUCGAACUCGUCUAUUGAAGUUGGUCGGGUCAACAGCACCCUUUAGAAUUGGCUUGCGCCCAUGGCCAACAUGCAACUGUUUGACCCUUUAAUUGUGUGUUACGGCUCAAAUUGAUGCUUGUUCGAUAUUCUAUUGCUGAAUUCGUUGUCAGUUACUUAUUAUUUUUAUUUUUAACUUUCUUACUGCGAAAAUUUUAAACAUCCUUCCGUGUUUAUUGAACAGCGAAGUUCUAAGUCCAAAAUCGGUGUAGAAGUAGAAUUCGCUGUGUUUGUAGGCGUCCUUGAGAUAUGCGCCAAUUAACAAGACCAAACACUGCGGAACCAGCGGAAACGGCGGAACGUAAGGAAAUGACUGUUUUUAUUACAACUACCUUUUAAGCUUUAGUUACAAUAAUUAUUUUUUUACAAUAACUAGAGAGCUGUUCAGACGAUAACACUAGCAGAAUGAAGUGAUGGUGGCGCAGUUUGUUUUCUCUUUCUCACAAGCGAUUUUGCGCGAAAAGUCAACGGAAAUGGAAGACAAAAACUGCUCAUGUUACAGUUGACUCCCGAUAACUCGAACCCUCGCUGACUUGAACCUCGCGCGAACUCGAAUCAAAAUCGAUUUCCCCUGGAUUUCCGUCAUACAUUUACUGUAAUUUUACCCUCGAUAACUCGAACCUCCCGUUAACUUGAAGUAAUUUUUGUUUCCCCUUAGAUCAUUUCUAUAUAAUUUUACCCUCGAAAACUCGAACCAUGUUUUGAGCCCUUAAAACGUCGGAAAAAAAAACAGCGAACCUGGCGUCCGAAACAUCGAAUUUUGAAUUUCCCAUUGACGUGAUCGAAAACGUGCUCUAGCCAUAUAGUUUACUAGUGGAGGCUGAUGUUGUUUGUCACAAAUCUAAUUUGAAACAGCUUUACUUCUCAAAACAGUACAUCGCAUACUCAAUUUAGGCAAUGCUUUGUUACGUCACGUUCUGAUUUAUAAUCUAGAAAUAUCUUUUCUGAUCUUUCAAUUGUCUCUUUAACCUUUCUACAAUUAAAUGGGUGAUUAAAAUGUUCACUGUGUAGAAAAAACUGGUUUUUUUCCUUACUUCCGGCUAUUUUCUUCGAGCUCCCGAUAACUCGAACUUUUUUCGAUUUCCCUUUAAGGUUCGGGAGUCGACUGUAUUGGCGCCUGCUAACCGCUCUACAGCCACCAUAUACACACAGAAACUCUUUGCGACCUCAUCAAAUGCAUUCUCACUAUAAACGUCUAUUUUUAUCCCAUCUGUUACAUAAAUACCCUUCAUCCCACUCGGAUUUACAUCUAACUACUCAUGCAGGCAAAUCUUUCUCCUUUCUCGACGUCAAGGUGUCCCUCAAUGACGGUAUUUGAAAAACUGUUCUUUAAUACUGACCUAGAGACAAACAUCAGUAUCUUUUACGCUCAUCGUGUCGCCUCUUACUACCCUGCAUAACAUGCCAGGCGCUUUAUGGGCCAUGCGAGGCAAACAAGGAAUUUCGCGCGAAUCUUUCUCCUGCGAAACCUCGCUUGGUUCAUGAAGCGGGGAGUAACAGUGGUUAUGCAAUAAAGCCAAAAAAAAAAAACAGUACAAAACGACAAGCAGACAAUACAUCGCAGGUAAAUCUUUUUUAUUCACUUCAUUGAAGGAAAAAUCAGAUUAAACGUUAUUUAGCGUUCGCAGAUUUCAGUAUUUUAUUUCUUAAUACUAGUCAUAGAUGUCACUAAAUCUACCCCCGACCUUUUAAAAACCGAAUUAAGACUCCAUGUGGUUGUCCAUGUAUUUGCCAUGAACCUUUGAAACAUGGACCACUGUUUCAAGUCUCUCACCUUUGAGAUAUUUCCCAGUUCACUUUUUCUGAUCCUUGUAUCAAAUAAAAUAAUUGGGAUUUCGCAAUAAACUAACCCUACAAACACAUGGACCACUGUUUCAAGUUUCUCACCUUUGAGAUCUUUCUCGGUUCACUUUCUCUGAUCCUUUUCUCUUCUUUAUUAAAUCCUGAAUACCUUCAGUUAAUAUAGAACAAAACCCGGUUAUUUCACGUUAGCACCCUUCUUGUUUUUGACUGGGUCUUGAAAUAUUUGAGCUAUUCCUGAUGUGGCUUGAAUCGAGUCCGUCGAUCCACGUUGCUGAUUUGUCUGACAAAUCAAGUUCAAAGUUCUGUCGAUCCACGUUGCUGAUUUGGUGUCUGACAAGUCAAGUUCAUUUUUGAAUACCAAACAAUUCCAAUACUGUUGAAUAGCUUUUUGAUAAAAAGAAAUCGGAAAAUUGAUGUGCUACAAGAUACUCUAUGAUAAAAAUACUCACCUUAUAGCUCGGAGUGAAAUCCUGACUCAAUUCGGCGAAUGCGACUGUUUGCGCGGUUGCUGAGCCAGGCGCACAUGCUGAAAAUUAACCGGGACCAUCGUGCGCGCCCAGUUUCAUCAAAUCGAGAAAAUUUUCGCAUACCGUAGUACGACGAUACGAUACUUUUUCUUUACGAGGGGGACAUUAGGGGUGCCCCCUGGCCUCGGGUUCCAGCCUCUGGGCAGGAACCCUGCGGGGGCAACAAAGUCCCUUAUUUUCAACUGUCGCCUGAUACGCGACACCGACGCGUCCAGCACAAAGGUCACGCGUCACUUGCCUGCCUCGCAGACGCUCUAAACCUUCUGUAUAACAAAUGGUUUAGGCGAGUACGUUGGCCGGCUGCAACGCAGGCUACGCGUCACCUAUGGUAUGUUAAUUACUUCACAGUCUAUCAGCGUUAUAAUUGAUUUUAACUAGUUAUUUUGUCACGUUAGCUAAAGGUAGUUGUAAAAAAACAGUAAUUUCCUUAGGUUCCGCCGGUUCCGCAGGUUCUGCGGUUCCACGGAAUGCAGUUCCACAGAUUAGUCUUACCCCCUAUAUGAUAUUGACGCGGUAUUGUAGAAUCAUUUUUAAGGGACAAUCUUGCUGUUCCUAAAUUAAAGUGAAUCAGUCCACCAAACUGGUUCUUUAUGUGUUGAAAAUGAGACUGACCUCUGCUAAGCCCUCCUGUAUCUCUUUUACAAAGCACCGCUCGACAUGACAUGUAACGAAAGUAUUAAAACAUUCUCAAGAACUCACGAGUUAAGCCGCAGCUUGAACUAAAGUUUAUUUGUCACUUUCAGUGCUUAAGAGAUGGCUUUCUCGUAUUCUCCUUUCUUCAGCCAACUUCACUUUGCAAGAAGAUUAACUUAUUGUUUCCAACUGAAUGUAACAAACCCUGAGCACGAGCCAAGUCCCAGGCUUCAUCGGUUCUUAACAAGAUCAAAAAUUCUUAACUAUAAUUACCAUAAUCUGUAAAGUUCUUAGCCACGAGGUUGUGUCAGGCAAUCCAAGUCACCAUAGACAAAGUCUUCAAUUUGUUUAGCGGACACAGGAAUGCCAUGCUUGUUUGACUCGAUUUUGGCUCGAAAAUGACGCAGACCGGUUGUUCUAGUCCGGCUCCGAUUGUGCUCCAGAUCUGCCCGGCCUCGGUUUUCACAUGACGUCACCAAAAAUUCAAACUAAGAAACUAUCGAUUCUUCUGAGUUUCUGAGUUUCAUGAGGUAUUAGAGCUCCUAAACACCUAUAUUUGGACAAAGUUUUGGUUCGAAAGGGUUGUUCGUUUUGCGAUAGAGGUGACGUUUGAAUUUCUAGCCUUUUGCGUGACGCAGCAUUUUAGCUGGCGGCUCUUAUGUGGGUUAAAAACAUUACCAAUUCUGGGAGAUUUUGCUAUCUAAACAUUCCUUGUCUCAGAAUAAAUAUCACUUUAAUCCUUUUGGUUGGUUAAGCGAAAAAAAAAACGUCAUGCCCGAGAACUUUCUAGAAAUCAAUCGAUACUUCGCUUUGACGUCAUACUGCCACACGAUUGGCCAAUCGAACAAUGCCUUCUCCAUAUUAGGGUUUUCUUUGGCGGGAAAACGAAGAGGCCAUGUUUUAAUCUCUCAUCCGUUGGCUGAUAAAAUAAAUAGCGAACAUUUACCGAUUGCGGAAACCAUUAUUCAAGGUCAUGCGAAAAUCGCUCUAUAUAUUCAAAUGAAUCGCCAUGUUUUUUACAAACAUUCUGGUCGUUUCGUGGGGUGUUAUGUCCUUUUUCCGUACAUUAGUUUUAUUGACAUCCCCUUUAAUUAAAGACCGGAUCCUUGUUCAGAGGCUAGUCUUCACUGGAGAGCCAGCCUGUAGAACAGGAGUUACUAAAGAAGCGUUCUACUAAACAGGGACCUUAAAGGGUAAAAGGAAAAUCUUACAAACAAACUACUGAUAAAUACUUGGUGAUAAACAAAACAAAAUCAAUAAUAUAAUUAUCUGCGGCCUGGAUAAGCGAUACGGAUUAUGGCAAGUACUAAAUGAUCAGCCCAGACCUUCAGAUAAGACGGGGGGGUCAUCGAAACCCUGAGUAAGAGGGGGGGAGCGGCCUCAAAAAAAAAUGUUUUCGCCCUUCGGGCCUCACUUGGUCUAAAAUAAGGGGGGGCGGGCCCCUCCCCUGGAUCGGCCGCUCAUAAUAAUUAGAAUAAUGCUAAAAGUGACAAGAGCAGCAAUCGUAUUGUUUCAUACAUCCACAGUGGUAUCACGUCUCAGUUCAAUGUAGCUAGUAACCAAGAUUCAGUUUAUUAUUGUGGCAAUGCGAGGUGGUGGGAAAUCAACCUCGUUUCCAGGAUUCUCUCCUACUCGUCCCUCCUGGGAAAGAGGUUGGAGAGAGUCUCAGAUUCUCCGUGUCGAGUUAUCAUCUUGAUUACAAGUUAAGAGUGUGUAUUAUCGCGAACACGCUUUGAUGGCUGAGUCCAUAUUAGAUUUAGGUUUAUAUUUAACCUUCUUCUACAGUCAAGGCAGGUCAAGCGUACCCCACAAGAUUCUUUUUGUGAAUUGAUUAUUUGAAAAAUGAAUCCGUUUGUUGUUCCCGUAACGGGUGUCAAAUUCAAUUCGGCAUUCUGCAUGCGUAUACCCUGCGAACAGAGUCUCCUUCGACCUUGCUACUGAGCAGUGAAUAUGUUACGAGAACUUCUCUGUAUUUGGACAGGGAAACUGAGCUAAACUGAGCUAACGCGUGUCAAUUCAGAGCUCAUUACGAAAGCAAGAAUGCAGACUGACUAAGAUGACUCUGAAAUCAGAAGUAACAAGGGGUUCAACUUUCGAAUAACAAAUUCAUUAAUGGAAUCUUGCAGGGUAGGAUUGACCUCGCUUGACUGUAAAAUAACUUCUUUGUAAAGCUGUUAUAUAACAUGAUGGUAGUUGCCUUGGAGAUCAUUCAUUCAAGUGAUUCAGCCCCAGGGGUUUCAAUAAAAAUUGAAGUAGGCAGCAGAUUUGAAUAGAGUAACCGACUGUAUCAACAGCCUACACUGCCUACAUUUUCGAGGGGUUUCUGGGGGCAUGCUCUCUCAGAAAAUUUUAAAAUUGCAAAGCGUCCAGCGUUUAGGGGACUAACCUGAGAAUAAAAGAGCGAGUUUUCCAUUCAAGAAGAUUUGGGUUUUAGUCAAAUUAUAAUUUAUUGGCCACACAAUAAACUCCUGCAAGCAAUGAACAAAUGAUAAUUAUACUAAGUUACAGAGUUUCAUUUCCGCGUGAACAAAUUAUAUUUUUGUACAUGACAUUACUCAAACUUGCUUCUUCUUCGGAGGAAAAAGUAGCCGACUUCACUGAGCAAUGUAGCCGACGCGUCUCGUCGGUCGUCGGUGGUUAUUGAAACCCUUGAACCCACUCUUUGACUGAUCUAUUUUUUUUGUACUCAGUACUGCACUGUGAUCAAAGUCUUUGUCCGUUGUCUAUUGUGCACCGAAAGGCGGUUUUAAAUAAAAUUGAGUGUCCAUGUCAGUAACCUUUCUUUUAAUAAUUUGUGUAUUUGCCGGUAGGAACAUUCUUUAGCUUAUCUUUGAUCUUUGCAAGUUUGUCAUAAGACAAGUUCACAUGCAACCGACACAUGUUCUGUAAAAUUAUGAAGAAAUACGUCUUAGGCCAGAGAGUUGUUGCUGAAUUUAUUUAAAACCCCACUCUUAAAAGAUUCUCUUGAUAAAAAUAAUUCUUUGUCACGCUCAAAUGAUCCGUUUUUGUAGCAACUCAAUUAGCAAACACAACGCCGGGCGUGAACCUCGUGUCUCUAGCUUUUGUACUGCUAUCCCUGAGCUGAAAAAGCUCAGUACACCUGGGGUACCCGCAAAGGCGAAGUAAAAAAGUUAAACCAAAGGUGAAGUUCCUUUGACUGAAGUUUGUUUCGCUUUGUCUACAGUGAGUAUUGACUGCAAACAGCCGAGUCCUGUGUGAUUAUUGUUUGAUCCGGAUGUUGAUAUUGUCGACAUAUCUGUAGUGAAUAACUGACUUCUUUGACUUCUUUGGGUUGAUUCGCUCACAAGAUUAUUUGGCAGUUCGUGAAUUGCUCAAUAAGGUUUAAACCAAGCUUCCUUUAAUUCAAAAACAAAAGCGAACAAGAAAAUUAAUUCACCAUUUGUUCAAGAGAACACAGUGCAUUUCGUAAUAAUAUGAAUGGAAUUUCGUCACAUGGCACUUAAACAAUGCUUUUUUAUGUUUGGCGGCAAAAUUAGUAUGCAGUUCUGAUGAAGCUCUCUCGUAAUUACUGAUCCAUUGCAAUAUCAGCCCAGUCACCUAGUCGCUGUACAAACUAGUGUUGGACACAGGAGUCCGUGAACAUUACCCAUCGACAUGGCCAGUAGAGGCGUUAACCAAGAUCUGUACCCCGUCGGUUACGACAGCCGGGCAGGCCUUGCUGACUCUGAAGUCAGGCAGAGUAAAGCAAGCGUCGAUCCUUCAAGGGAGCCCAUGGUUGAGGUAGAAGAGCGAGAACAUUGGGGUCGCAAGCUGGACUUCUUGCUUUCCUGUAUUGGGUACGCUGUCGGUCUGGGUAAUGUGUGGAGAUUCCCGUAUCUUUGUUACAACAACGGUGGAGGUAAUUCAGUAAUUUGACCACGAAAAUUGAUCUCUUCUUUGCUCGAUUUUUCUGACCAAUGACGCAUAACUUAAGAAUGCAUGAAGCGAAGCCGUUUUUAAGGUACUUCGCAGCUACUUGUGAAGUCGUUGGUUUAUCUAAAUUAAGAUAUCACAAAGAAUGCAGCAAAGUUCAAAUCGAUAUGUUUCAUGUAGACACGCAUUCAUGUUACUUGGAUGUUACGAUAAGUGAAUUUUUUUAAGGGAGAACGGAAAUAGCGUGACUGCCGUAGAUUCGUAGAUUUAAGUCGAAAACACUGCGAGGCCGGAAGCUAAAUAUUCUGAUUGAAAGAAUCUUGUGCGGUAUCGGUCAAUCACGAUAAUUUCAGAUGUUGUUAUCUUUGAUUAGUGGUCAGUGCUACCGAGCUGUAUUCAAGUCUUAACGGGCGAUGGUUUGCUCCAGGAUUGAAGCCGUGUAAAAAGGAGAUUAGGCUUAUAAUGAAAGACAAAGGAAAACAUGCGUCCUGCUGCAAAAAUUUGCAUCUUAAUUGCAUCUUUAUCCAAAACAACUCCAAAACAAAUGAAGAACGGCUAAAAAUCAUUUCAGACGUUUGAAAAAAUGUAGACAGCCGCACUUGCAACUGUCAAAGCCGAUAUAAGUGUUACAAGAAGUUGCUGACCGUUGUGUAUAAAGGCAGCAUGGUGUAAUCAAAAUUUUGUUUUGUCUAUCAAAACUCAAUUAUGGAAUGUCUCGCAAUUGAACGCUUGGCUUAAUUCCAGAAAGCUCCUGACAUUUUGGACAUAACUUUUGUUAGUUUUGUCUGUGAGCUAAUUUUAAAAAGGGUACACCCAUUGCACUUGGCUAUCUUGCUAGUGCAAAGUACAAUUCAAAAGAAUUUAAAAAAACAGUCUCACUCCCUUUUCACGUGCUCAUACAGCCGGCGUUGACCCCAAGCACGGUAUUAAACACAGGGGCGGAUCUAGGGGGAGGGUGCAGGGGGUGCGCACCCCCCUCCCCUAAGAUGACCUGCGGUUUUCUAAUAGGACUGGUAUUCUGCAAAAAAAAAUACUAUGUGGUUUAUUGGUGUUGAAGUAGAGCAAGAGACGAGUGCACCCCCUCCUAAAAAAAAUCCUGGAUCCGCCCCUGAAACAGAAGCGAAAACUUCACCCAAAAUAGGAUUCGCGUUGUGUCAAAAUUCAUUGCUCUUAUUCCAGUUCUUCUUGUUUGUCAUAAGUUGGUGAUUUUUUCAGGAGUUGAAUUCUAAAGGACUACAUGCAUGUAACUUCACAAAAGAAAAAGAAAACCGUUGUCUUGUGAUCCUGUCCUCCAUGAAAACGUGAAAUUAGGAAGUUUCACGUUGUAGCGCGCAACGAGGGCAAAGGAAUGUUCACAAAAGCGUGAUGCACAUGCAACGUUGUUGUUUUGCCAGUCUAAACCAAGAGUCAUAAUUAUCGCUCUUGUCUAAACCUAUAGACCUUUUUACCUAUACGGCGGCCAUAUUGAAUUAUUUGAGGAGUAUUAUGGGAUGCCCAGGGGGCAUGAGCACAUUUCGUUUGUAUUUUCGAGCGCUUUUCGGGACAUUUUUUCGUAAAGUUUUCUUAGAAUAAGAUUGUAAUGGGAAAAAAGAUCCUUGUGCCGUAUUUGGAUGUAAUAUUGAUUGUCUUUUUCUAGUUUAGUAUUAGAACUAGUAAUAGUUGACACUAGAGCUGCCCCCGUUCUGUAUAUUUUCGGUCAAUAGUAUUCUUGCUGGUUGUGUAGCUCUUUGAAAUAUACCGAUUCAUAAUGAAGAUUUUCACGCAUAUUCCAUACAAUAGGUGAGAUAAAUACAGGAAACGCAAGGUUCCAUGCACAGUUUCAGCUCGAUUUACACAGCUUUGAUCAAAACAUUCUCAGUUUCGAGAAUAGUUUAUUCUAAACCAUAAGAAAAGAUUUAAUUAGAAGUUGAAUUUUUCGCUAUUUCUCUUUCCCUUUUUACAUUCAGUUCAUUUUAUUUGUCGGAAAGUAAGCCUUAGAAAUUUUAAAAAACGACGUUUGAUCGAUUCACGCUGGCGCAUUCUAGUCUUAUUUGAAACUUUAUAACGGAAGGACAUCUGUGAGCAGGGAAUAAGUCAGCACAGAAUUUGAUUGUCGGCGAAUUUCUGUAAAUGUCCAUCAAUCUGCUAGUGAUAAGCUAGCCGUUGUUCACUCGUCUUGCUUGUUUGGGGCUGAGUCUAAUUCCGGUCAAAGAGAGAGAAAGAGGUGAGUGUCUGGCAAGAUUUCCAAUAUAAAUCAAAGAUUUGUGAACUCGUGUCUGGCAAACUCUCCAAGUGUUUAUAUAUACACAGUAAAGCAUCUUAUAACCUCCCCUGCGCUUAACGAGUGUCUUUUGGUCCAUAACUUUCAAAACAACUGCUCCACAGAAUGUCACUGCGUAACGCAAAAGAGUAUCGAAGUAUGAUUGGACAAUAAAUGUCACAAAAUCUACCUGAGGGGUCCAAUCAUGAUUUUCUGUCUUUGCGUCAUCCUAACCAUUUCGUACUUGCGGGCGCAAACAACAGAAACGUCAUCGUUACCUACCGAUUCCUCGCGGCCCCAGUUCGAGCAAAUCGAGAUUUUUUCUAGUAUACUGACUGUAUAUUUGAACUGGAAGUACUGUCCUUAAUAUACGCGCGAGCUACUAGGGUGCCUCCUCGAGAUUUCGCCUCUGGGCGAAAUCACUGCGGGGGCAAAUAUGGUCUUUCACUGUAUAUUUCAGCUCGGGAAAAAGGCGAUCAUUAUUACAUCCAAACACGGCACAAGGAUCUUUUUUCCCAUUACAAUCUUAUUCUAAGAAAACUUUAAGAAAAAAUGUCCCGAAAAGCGCUCGAAAAUACAAACGAAAUGUGUUCAUGCCCCCCUGGGCAUCCUAUAAUACUCCUUAAAUCGCAUUAAUUUAAUACGGCUGCCUUAUCGGUAAAAAGGUCUAUUGCUUUUUUGCUGUCCACGUUGCCGUCGUCGUCGUCGUCGUCGUUGCUUAGCUCCAGGGUAACCUGUUGUUGUGACACAUAUUCAUGUCCCGGGCGCAUUUUGGCCGCGAAGAUAACUAGUUUGAAAAGAAUGUUCAUCGGGCGUCGAAAUUUGGCAGCUGUGAGUUUAAAUGAAAUGAUAAUUAAGCAUCAACAGUGCGUCGAUUGUAUAGUCACGGUUACAGCUGCUGAUUCAGUGAUUAUAAGUUAACUCCGUACAACCUAAAGUGCAACUGCUCAUCUUUAGUAAGUUUUAGCUUAUAGGAUACGUCAUGCAUAUAUGAUCUUUCAGCUAGGAUGACGGGGUGGGAAGGGAAGAAAAUGAACCAAAAACCAUUGCUCUUCCCACAUAACAUAUCCCUUUACUUUGAAAAUGGGACGUCAAUUCAAAGAGAAAGGCUUCCAAGUUCUUUACGAUCGCAGUUCGUGCUUGCCUCCAUUUCUUUAGCUUGUAUCUUUGUUUUCCUUUCCAGCGUCAUUCCUGAUCCCGUAUGUCAUCUGCUUGGUCUUCUGUGGAAUUCCAAUCUUCUAUCUAGAGGUCGCUCUUGGCCAGUAUGUUGGACAGGGCGUGGUCGGCGCUUGGGCGGCUGUUUGUCCAUUCUUGGGAGGUAAGUAGCUAUUAUUUCUUCCUCAUUUGCUGUCGGCCUAAAUAUUUUUGUUUCUUGUGUCUUACAACCCAUCGCUGUAGCUAAUCAGUCUUACUAUACUUUUUUUAAAAUUUGUAGUUUUACUCGUUUUGUUAUGAUAGCGAUUUUAUUACGGGGUCAGAGAUUACCCUGGUGGAAUCUUUUGGCGAUGACUCGAAUUUCGGAUCGGUCACUAUGUCAUAUUUCGAUUUUUGAACCUUAAGAAUUGAGGUGAAGAGUUUUUUAGUCCAUGAAUCAUUUUCAGUUUUCGUUAUCUUAAAACUUAAUUCCGUUUCUUUCCCCAGCAUGAAAACAAAUUCUAAUCGUUGAGCGUGGAAUUCAGUGUACUUUUAAAAUCGCUUUCCGGAACCCCAGGGCCGAGUUGUUCAAAGCUGGGUUAAGAUAACCCAGGGUUAGCGCGAGAUUUAAAUCAGUUUUGUAAGCUUAAAAAGCAUUUCCGUUUUUCUUUUCGUCUACAAAUUGAUGAUUGGAAGCUCUAGAAAUAACAGAGAAAAUUGUCCGAGAAAAUGCUUUUGAACACAAGAAAGAGAAACCCGGGUUAAACGCUAAUCGGCCUUCGAACAACUGGGCCCAGAUCGAUAAAGCAGUUUACCAAUUAACAAUCAGUUUGAUUGAUGACUUAACCCUUGCAUUCCCAGAGUGACUAGAGGAGUUUUGUAAGGUGGUUCUUGCUUUUGGACAAAAUCCUAUGGUGUGACCAUUCAAAUAAAAUAUCUUUGACACUACUUUCACAUAGCCGGUAUCAUAGGUUUUGCUUUAUUUUACUUUAUGAAAUUUGAAAUCAAACGUUAAAUUCACUUUUAGGAGUUAAUUGAGGCCCCGUCCACACAUAUCCGUUUUUGUUUCAAAAUAAGCGCUCUCUAGAGUGGAGCCGUUUUGUUGCAGUCAUGUGGAUAGAUGAAUACAGAGGGUUUUGAAAACGAUUUCGUCACGUUGUUGGAUACCAGUAACUAGAGACCUUUAGAUUCUAAGACGAGUACGACUACGAGUACGAGAUUUUCUCAAUACUAAGUAGUGCACGCGCGUGAACCAGCGUCAUUUUGGCGGGAAAAUGUGGUAGCCGUCGUCACUCUACUACGAGUUUUAUCAAGAAUGUCGAAGUGGCGGAAACAAGUUAUCAAAUGUUAGAAGUUUAAUCAUUUUGCGAUCGGAAGGGUGUAACUUCCUUCACUAAAGGUAACAGUGCUAACUUUUCUAGUGAAAAGGGGUAAAAUGAAGCUUUCCGGGGAGUCUACAUUUUGAAAAUACGCGAAAAAACAAUCUCGUACUCGUAGUAGUCCUUGAAACUAAAGGUCUCUAAUGCGCAUGCUUCCAUUAAAGAUGUUAUCGUUUUCUGUGACACUAUUGCGUUUUCGUUUGGAUGGGCAAAAGCGAUUCAAAAAAUGCAACGUGUGGACGCGGAGUGUUUUCGCAUUGGAUAAAAAAAUCUCCGUUUUCAAACACAAACGGAAACAUGCGAACGGGACCUAAGACUAACUGGCUUUAGUAAAAUCCAAUUAGUGGUGUAUUAUCAAUGCUGCGUUCUGAUUGGUUGAGCUACUACUAGGCUAUAUGUUAUAGCCCACCAGUAGCGAAAAGCACAGGCUUUGAAAACCAAAAUAAUGCGGCUGAAUCGCGUUUUGCUAGCUAAAGCUGUUUUGUCUCGAUAUUUUUGACCAACUAGUUGAAUUUUACUAAAUUAACAAUUAUUCCUUGAGCCCGAAUGGCCUUUGAGUCAAUAGCCCAUUCGGGCUCGAGGAAUAAUUGUUAAAUAACUGUUAACUAAUACUAUUUUUUUCAAAUUUAUUUUAACAGGCAUUGGUCUUGCCAUGGUGAUUAUCACCUUCCUCUGUAGCGUGUACUACAAUGUGAUCAUCGCAUGGACGUUUUAUUACAUGUUUGCUUCGUUCCGGAGCACGCUACCAUGGGAAAAAUGUGAAACGGCUUGGAGCGACAAUUUGUGCAAGUAUGUUAAAACUCGUGCAUUUCCUUAACUCUCUUUCCAUUUUUAUUACUUUGCUUUUUGAAUUAAUAUUUUUUGCAAUUGAACCGAAAAACUUGUUGUUUUCCUUUCGACUUGAAAGAAGUCAGGUUUAGCUAUAAUUCGGUAUUCAGGUGACUUAAAAAUGUCACAGUGUAUGUUAACUUAACAUGAGCAAGAAAACAAAUCUGGAGGUGGCUGGUUUAUCUACGUAAAGAGAUCGAGUGUUUCCAAGUAAAGUUAGAACAUCUAAGAAUCCGAGAUGACUUACAGCUGUAAUAUACUACUGCAAAAAAACACACUUACUGAGAAACGAGGUAUGCCAGGUUGAGCUCAGUUUAUAGUUUGUUACUCAGUCAGUCGGUCGGUCGGUCGGUCGGUUGGUUGGUUGGCUAAAACGUAGCCUGUUAGUCAGUCAGUCAGUUAGUUAAUUAGUUCCUGUAAGUUAAUUACUAAAUAAGAUAGUUUGUCGUGUAAGUUAGUUAGGCCCGGUUCAGACGCCGCUCCACUCAUGUUCCGAACCUAACUGAUGAAUUAAGUACGGCAAAAGAGCGGCGUCUGAAUCAGUUUGGUACGGCAGUUUUAGUUUGGUGCGGCAAAAGCAUUAAAUUCGACAGAGUCUGUCAAACGUUUGUCGAACUUAACUUAGGUUCGACACACGGUACGCCGUCUGAAUCACAUGUCACGCCAAAGUCGAACUUAUUCAGUUAGGUUCGGCACAUGAAAAGUACGGCGUCUGAACCAGGCCUUAGUUAGUUAGUUACUGAGUUAAGUAGUUAACUACUAAAAGUCAGCCUCCCAGCGUUCAAAAUAAAACAACUAGUCUCUCGUAAUACUAGUGUCUUACAAUAAAAAAUGGAACUUUUAAUUAAGUGAGCUAUCCUUAUGUUUGACAAUAAUGUACUUUUGUUUCCCUUCUUUAGACAAGAACGCGGUGGUAGUGCUCCCAACUGUUCGCUUUUGGAACAAAAACCAAACUGUACGUGGAUCUCUCCUGAGGAACAAUACUUCAAGUAAGCCGAGUUUAAUUGAAGAGUGCUUCGCGUUAACGGCACAGCAGCCAUAGAAAAACCCUACGUAAGGCAAUCCAAGACAGUCUUGGACCCUCGGAUUCCACUCUGUGAAUUCCGGAUCAUUUUCCUUGACAGUGGAGCAUGGAUUCCAGGUUCCAGUUGCAUGUUAGUGCGAUCCGGGUUCCUUGAAUUGAAUUACGGAUUUCAAAGCCCAGAAUUCCGUAUUUCACCGGCAAAAUUAUCUCGGAUUCCGGAAUCCGGAUUACCCCGUGCAGUUGUAGUUCGAAAAUCGAGUCCCAAAGGCACGUUCAACUCUUUGCGCGCACUUUUCGCGUUUACAUUUGACGUUGCGUUCUUUGCGUUGUCGGCUUUGCUAAAUCUGUCUAUUAUCUGAUCGCGUAACUGAGUAUUACACUCGUACAAUAGUAACUGAGGACGAUACUUAUGCAAAAUUUGGGAAGUGGCAAAUAAGGUGUAUUGUGGACAAUGUGAAAGUGGUUUUCCUUCCUUAUUAUAGGGGAAAAUCCCUGCACAGGAGAAUGACUUUCGGCCAGUUUGGUGCACAUAAAAUGAAAAUCUGGUAUCCGCCUUAAAAGUUGACAGCUUUAGCCUUGAAAUCCGUAAAAUUUGUGUGCUCUAUUGUGUUAUCGUAUGAGUUCAAAUUUAAAAAGAAGGGGAUUUGGUCUCGUAGCUAGAAGCCCACUAUCUCCGCGUAUUUUUCUAUUUAUGGUAACUAUCCCAUUAUCCCACCGAUGUUUAACUGCUUAUUUCAGCAACCACGUGCUUCAGAUAUCAUCAGGAAUUCACGAAGCUGGUGAAGUCAGGUUUGAGCUCGCCAUGUGUCUUUUGCUGGGCUGGAUCAUUGUUUAUUUCUGCGUAUGGAAAGGAAUCAAGUCUGCAGGCAAGGUAAUUCAAUUACAGAUCAGCACGUCAGGCAAACAAUAGUUCCAAACUGGUUUCGUUAGUUUUUGAGUACGCUGGUGUACUGCCGCAAUUCGUAAUAAUCGUAGCCUACGUCGCAGAGGUAAUUUCACCCCGGUUAGUAACGUCUGCAAAGUAGCGCCGAGAUCCUUGUUCAGGACUACCAUCGAAGCGUUUCGUAUUUCCCUUCAACCUGAUUGGCAAUCGACAAUGUCAUUUAUAACAGACCAAUCAUAGCGCGGACUUAAAUCCUGGUACACAACAGCUAGGUAUCCAGAACAAGGAUUUUGGCGCUAUUUCGCAAACGGACUUAACCAGAGUUUAGUUUCGGUCUGUGGCGCAGGCUAUAAUAAUUGUAGCACUUUGUAAGAUCUGUCACAAUUUUUGUGUCGCACUUCAUAAAAAAAAUAAUCGCAAUUUGUUAUACUGGUCCAUCGCACUUAUAAAGAGUUAUUGGAUAAGGUUUUUGUGAAAUCCGAAAUAUCGAAGGUCGAAGUGAGUGUUAUUACUCGAACCGAAGGCCGAUAACACAGCUGGACCUUGCUUAUUCCGGAUAUCACAACAGAAAUGACUCUUUUUUUUAAAAAAUGACGAUAUGAUUGUCGCAGUGGUAAUUGCAAUUUUUAGCAUUUGCAAAUUAACCCGCAAAAAAAUUCCGGGACUUCAACGGGGCUCGAACCCAUGGCCUCUACGUUAGCGCUGCAGUGCCCCACAAACUGAGCUACAAAGACCCAUACAUUGGGAGCAAGCCAAUUUGUUGAGUUCAUCUUAAUCCGUGAAAGGAAUGAAGCAUAGAGUGAAGAUGAUGUGAACUGCGGUGAUAGAAAUUUCAAUUUAAGAUAUGAUCGUCGCAGUAGUAAUUGCAAUUUAAGCAACUGAAAUUAACCCGAAAAAAAUGUCUGUUAUAUUUGUUUCAUUAUACGGUUUUUUGACAAAAAUUACCUCCAACCCGUCGUCACACAGAACAUAGUUCGACAUUGCUCUUGAAAAGCAUUGCGCGCGCAACCUACAGAUUAGUCACAAAUCUGCUUGCAGAUAACUCACUGAUUUGUAGGUUGCGCUGAUUUCCAAAAUUAACUGUAGGCUCUUAGCCAAUGAGGAGAUAGAUAGUGGUACAAUGUAUAACAGUUAUUAUUUUCUUUUUGUCAGGUCGUUUACUUCACUGCUACCUUUCCAUACUUGGUUCUUUUCAUUCUGUUGAUUCGAGGAGCGACUUUAGAAGGUGCGGGAGAAGGAGUAAUAUUCUAUCUCAAGCCCAAAUGGAGCCGGUUAACAGACCCAAAGGUGACUUGAAGACAAUUAUAUUUAAUUCUUAAAGAUAACUGGGUGCGAAAACCGCCCAGAGAUAUCUCCCGAGUACAAUAACUUUUUUCGUGCCGUAGAAGACAAGUACAUUUUGACAGUUGUUAUAGAUCUUUGUUUCAUGUAAGUUCAACUGAAAAGUGACUUGUUGUUGCUGUUAUUGUUGUUGUUGUUUUCGUUAUGCUUUAACUUGUUUGUAUAAGUGUAUUGUAACAGUUCAAAGAUCUUAGCUCAACUGGGGAAAGGGUUUAGAUAACUCUUCAAUUUGUUGUUAUUGUUGCUGUUUUUGCUAUAAUAAUUGUUGUUGUUGUUAUUGUUGUUAUCCUUCAAUUUGUUUGUUUCUAGGUGUGGGUACAAGCCGCUGGGCAGAUUUUCUUCUCUCUCAGUAUUGGCUUUGGUGGGCUCAUCACCUACGGUAGCUACAAUAAAUUCAAAAAUAACUGCGAAAAGUAAGUGUAUGAAAAGACGUAGAAUUAAAGUACGAAAUGUAUCUAGUGUUGAAUGCAAGAAAAGUAACUUUAACUUGGGUGUGCCGUCAAUGGUCACAGCAGAAUUAGUUUCACCAAUGUAUUCUACCACUCCUUAGCUACAAUCUUGGACAAAACUGUUGAGAAAACUGUAUACUUGGGGAGCAUUUUUUUAAAACGUCGUAGCUGUACAGGUUCUUCCCUCUCCCCCUUACCCUAAAAGCAAUGUUGUUGUGUAUUCAAAAGAAAGCCUGAUCCCUGGGCGUUUGUAGGAAGCAACAUAAAACUAGGGUAAGGGGAUUUCUUUCCGCAAAGGCGUCGUUUUGGAAAUAGUUUGUUGUGUAGGAAAGUGGACAUGAUGGGGUAAACUUUCUCAAGUAGUUUUGUCCAGGAUUGUAGCUAAGCUAGCUAAGAGUCAUGGGCUCCUGACUAUAGAGGCCCUGUUAGGGUUAAAUUGCGACAAGCGGCGACAUGGGCUUAAAAUGGUGACGUAAGACUAGAUGAAAUAACGACAAAAGACAUAAAGAUGGGUUUAAUACUGACAGGGCCAGAGACAUAGCUUACUCCUAAAAACGCGAAACGAAAGGAUUUGAAAUUAAGACUGGGGACUCACGUACCCCUCCCCCGCCCCAAGAGAACCCCCUCUACCUACUGCUCGUAAGAGUGUUUUUCUGUCGAACUUUUUAAAAACUUUUUCGCUGAAGAAUUGGGUAUUGAUUCUCAACAUCAAAUGGCAAAAUCGCUUUCCGCCGUGAAACUUUCUAGCUAAAUAUUGUCUUUCUCUCUAUACGUUGAAUUCAUCCUUUUAAAAGUUAUUUACAAGUGAGUUUUGAUUUAUUGUGUUUUUUUUUCCUUCAGGGACACAUAUAUCGUCUCAUUAAUUAAUUGUGGUACAAGUCUCUUUGCUGGUUUCGUCAUCUUUACAAUGAUGGGCUUCAUGGCUGACAAACUUGGAGUACCCGUCGAUAGCGUCGUAAAAGGAGGUAUAUUUUCCACUAAUGAAGUCCUUUGUCUAUUUUUUGUUUAUGCGUAAGUCUGAGUAAGGGCCCAAUCAGUCCCAUGAUGCACGUCGACACAUUACCGAUCCAGUCUCACUCACUCAUAACCUUAAAAGUGUAAAAGGCAAAUAAUUUGUCAAAACAAGAGAAGUAGGUCAUUUCGGGAAUGCAGAAGCUCAUAUGGCCUCCUGGGAAAUUCUGAUUUUCUUAUGAAAUGACCAAUCAAAUCGGAGUUUCAAAAAACACGAACUUAUCAGAUGUGAUUAUUGUUUCCUCUGACGCUUUGCCAAAUUGAUGUAACUUACAUGUGACUGGCUUUUUCUUGACAACACAAUAACGUUCCACACAGACUUCCGGUGAAAGAUUUUCAGUGUGUAACCGGGAUAAAACACUGAACCGGCAUAGCUGCUAUAAGCUAAGUUUCUCCACAAAAAGUGAUAACUGCGACCGCUUGAUUCUACUGUUGAUAUCCGUGCGUUUCAAGACUUCUUCCCCUUAAUCCGCGGUAGCAAGAAGUGUGCCUUUGGCUCAGUCGCCCCGAGCCCUCCAACCCUUGUAGUUCCCAUGGUCUUUCAUCUCCCCCGACUGAGUUUUAUUCUUUGACAACAUCAAAACUAAACACAAUUUCGAUUGUUUCACAAGAAACAAUAAUUUGGGAUAAAAAAAUGAACAAUUUGUGCGUGAACAUUGUUCCACAGGUCCAGGCUUAGCAUUUAUUGCUUACCCAGAGGGAAUCAAGCAAAUGCCUGCAUCUCCUUUCUGGGCGUUCCUCUUCUUUUUUAUGUUGUUCAACCUUGGAUUGGACAGUCAGGUAACUCUGAUUCGUUAACAUGGCUACUUUUAGGUUCGUUCCAGGCAAACGCCGAACACGAAACACUUUUCCCGCCGUCUGGCGCAGUCUAACGGAUUAAUUGGGAGGACGAAGUAUACUUAGAUUCCACCAACAAUACUAGGUUUGAAGAGUAAUCCUCAUUAAGCGGACACAAGUACAUUUAAAGUAAACCGUCCCAACCAUAUCUUCCCAAGUUUUAUGCACGGUGGACCCGUAUUAAAUGGACACGUCUAUCACCUGCUCUCAGUAUUAACCCUUUAAAUCCCAAGGGUGACCAACACCAAUUUUCUCCUAACAAUAAUCAUUACAAAAUCAAGAAAAAAAGUUAUGAGAAUUAAUAAAAUGAUCACCAAUGAGAAAAUGCUUUGAUCUUUUAUCAAAUUCUCUCAAUUGAAUCUUUAAGAAAUGUAUGGGGAUCCGUGUGGAGAAUUGGUAUGUUGAUAUUGGGGCUUAAAGCGGUAAGGCAACGCCCACACGAAUUCGGGUAACAAAAUAUGCGGUUUUAAAAAUGUCCGGAUGGACAAGGCCUAAGUGGACCUUAUAGCGAGAAUUUCGUGGCUGUUCGCUUGAAAAAUGUUUAUAAACUUACUCUAGUCGUGUUGUUUAUUAUGCUUACAGUUUGUGGGCGUCGAGACCUGUACGACAGUGAUGGCGGAUUGGAAACCUGGCUUCCGUCGAUACAAAACUGUCAUUACACUGGGUUUCUGCAUCAUUUGCUAUCUUAUUGGAAUCGCUCACGUCACCAAGGUAACAGAACAGACAAGAACUAUGGGUUUGUGAUUACAAAUAAAUGCUUGCUUGAACCUUUUUCUCAAGAUGAUUAGCAGCUCCUUUAGCCUUUCUCGCGCUCUUCGGUUAAGACAUUUUAUGUCAUAGCAAAAUAAUAAUUUCCAAGUUUUAUUAAUCGAGUUGAUGAGGGGUGUCAUUUAAAGCACUAGAAACUUUAACAACUUUAUUGCGUCUGGGCGGUUUGCAAACUGAAAUUAACAUACUAUAGCUAACUGCUAACCAAAGGCAUGCUUACAAUUCGCUAAAAUACCAUGAAUUAAAUAAACCUUUCGUGAUUGACACUACCCGCAAAAAGCACAGGCUAAUCGCGACGGGUAUAGUGACAAAAAUUUGUAAAAAGCACUCACUUAUUUUACCAGCUUUAUACUACUGCAUGAAAAAUUUCUGCAAUUUGAUUGGCUUAGAGCAGUGGUAUUUCAGCUUAAUUUGAAAUACCUACAUGUGAAAAUUACAAACCUUUUACGGGUAGUAGUAUAAACAAAUAAUAGCAUGAUUUGUACGUGAUAUUUGCAGGGCUGUCAACUCUCACGGAUAAUCCGGGAGACUCCGGGUUUUGAACCGUUUCUCCCGGUCUUCAGAUUAGAGUCUGAAAUCUCCCGGAUAAGCGCCGAAGUUUGCCAUUUCUUGUAGAUUCGACUUUCUGACAAUGAAAUUUCAAAUACUUUUCGUUGUUUGAGCUAUUUUACUGUUAACAUCGAACGUUUGUUCACAAACUCUGGUAUGGCAUUGUAAUAGAGCAAUAAUAUGAUUGGUGGGAAGUAAGCCAAUUAGGUCAAAUGUUACAAUUCCAACAACAUCUUUUUCGCGCCUUUUUUUUUACAAAAUGACGUCAUGUUCCGUGUGCAUUAUGACGUCAUUUAUCAUCUCUUCCCCAUCAAUUCUCAAUAUUUGAUGACGGUAAUGUAGUUUGUAUCUGAAUGGUAGAGCAACAAUAUGGGUGUAAACAUUGUAGCACCAAUAACAAGAAAAAACUUGUAAUUCCGACGCAAACACUCGAACGAAAUUUUAACCCUCGGAAGAGCAAGUUCCGCCCCAGUUUGGCCUCUUCCCUCUCCCCUUCCCCUUUUAUCACCGUUGGGAUAUGCAUUUGCUUUUUCCUCUAAAAGGUUACAUCUGAUCUGCAAUGUUCUCUCCUUGAGUCGCAGACAUGCAGUACUCUUCUGCUCAGAGUAUUCUUCUGCAUACACAGGGCAAGCAUACAGAGGGUUUCUUACUGGUUACAUUAUUAUUUACACCAACUUUUAACCUACAAACACAGUUGCUGAGAGACGGCGAAGGAUAACGAUCUUUCGGAUGUUGAAUUAACUAUUUACAACAAGUAAACUGAUAUAAUUGAUCAGUAACUCAAUCAAAAUUCGUUUUCUUUUCUUGUUUGCCAGGGAGGAAUGUACGUGUUUCAGAUGUUUGAUUACCAAGCAGGAGGAAUAUCACUGGUGUUGAUAGCCUUCCUGGAGGUUGUAGGCAUUGGUUGGUUUUACGGUGAGUUGGUUCAUUGGAUUCCUCCGCGCCACAAGCGGUUUCCCUUGUUUACCAAUGCUAUUCCUAGAGUACUGCCUACAUAGAUACAGUAACUUAAAGAAUGAUACUUCCUGCAUAUACCACUUACAAUAUCAAUUUGUGAGCUGAUCGAUUGGUGAUUGAAUAUUUUUGAUUGAUUGAAGUAUCGACUGACUUAUCAAUUGACUGACUGGUAUUAUCAUUAACUUUAACUUUUCACUUUCUUGAAUUCGUUGCGUGUUAUCAAUUAAUAUGUACAUUUUAAAAAAGAUAUAAAAUACGUUAGAUAGAGAAAAAUAGUAAAAUAAAAUAGAUGAAUAAUAUUGCAACUGGAGCAGGAAAGACAAUGUCCCAGUUGAUAUCUUGCGCCAAGAACCAAAUGGAAUAAAACCAUAAAAAAGUAUAAAUAAAGUUUUUUGGUGCCAUUGUGUAACUGAUGUCUCUGCAGAUUCGGCGAAUACGGCCAAGCAUACGAUUUGCUCUCAGGGAGAUCUGAUUUAUUUGUUGAGACCACUGAAGGUUGUGAGACCACUGAUUGUUAUUAUCAUCUCUUUAAAUGUUCUCAAAACAUAGCCAAAGUCUUAAAGUCUUAAUGAUGCUGACAGUUUCAAUGACUGUCAGCCAUCUUUGCCAAAACUUAGAAAUCGUCAAAGGUGUCAGAAGCCUUAAAUAGGCUUCUGAAGGUGUUAAUUAUUGCGAUAAACGCGCCAAGUCACUCUGUAGACGCCCCCUCCCCUGGUUUGGGGGUGGAGAUCACUUUAUCGCAAUCAUUAACACCUUUGACGAUUUCUAAGUUUUGACAAAGAUGGCUGACAGUCAUCGAAACUGUCAGCAUCAUUAAGACUUUAAGACUUUGGCUAUGUUUUGAAAACAUUUAAAGAGAUAUCAACUGCACUAGCCUGAUGAAUUUCUUCAACGAUUAUUAUUAUCGUUAUCAUUAUCGUUAUCAUCAUCAUUAUCAUUAUCAUGGCUAUGAUCAUUAUUAUUAUUUAUAUAAUAAUGAUAAAACACUUCUAUUCACUCCAUCCACUAGCUGUUCGUGGCGUUUUCAACAAUAUUAAAAAUAAUGAUCAGUUUUAUAAUAAUAAAUACGUUAUAAGAUAUAAAACAUUAAACUCUAAUAAUAAAUUAAGCUAUUAUUAAAUAUUUCCUAAAAAGGUAGGUCUUUGAAUUAUUUUUAUUUCCCCCAAUCUAGGGGCACAAGUGGAAAAUGCUUCUUUUUCUCCUUCUUCUUCUUCUUUUUUGAUGGAUGGAUUGAUGGAUUGAUUGAUUGAUUGAUUGAUGGAUGGAUGGAUGGACGGACGGACGAACUGACUGACUGACUGACUGACUGACUGACUGACUGACUGAUUCACUGAGUGAAGCCAUAGGGGCAAAAUUACCCAAAGUUUACCUUUUGCUAAGCCGUAAACAAGAAAAAACGUAUGACAUGAGACAACCAGGAGAAAAUUUUCAUGUCAAUUUUAUAAUUGGUUUGUUUCUUUUGUCCUUUAAAGGAACUGAGAAAUUUGCAGAUGACAUACAAGACAUGAUCGGUCACCGUCCCAACAUGUACUUUCGCUUGUGCUGGAAAUACAUCUCUCCAAUCAUCAUUGGCGUAAGCAUGACGUGUUUAUCAUAUACAGUCAACAUUUGGAAUCGGGUGUUACUAUAACGAAGAGAGGGGAACUGGGAGAGGGAACGGAGAAUAGGAUUUUGAAACUGAAUGAGAGGAAAACAGAGAAUGGGUAAUGAAGUUAUUCAUAGGGCUAGGGUUUAUUUUCCCGUUCCCCGUUCUCCGUUUUAGUAACAUCCAUGUUCCAUAAAACACUGGUCAACUCAAAACGCCCAGCUAUAGAAUACGGUGGAAAUAAUAGUAACCAUCGUUCAGUUUUAUCUGUGUUACUUUGAAAGCAAUAAGUCAGGGGCACCCAACGACAAUUUUCGGAAAAAUAUCUGUUCGGAAGACGAUUUGAGAUCUAGAAUUUUCGGAACAUUUGUUGUAAAAUUUCUUGCUUGCCUGCUUCUCCUAGGGUUUUCGAACAUCUAAAAUAUGGUAUUUUAUUUUUAACCAAUUUUUACCCUAAAAAGGCCACCUAGAGUUUUCGGGAGCUUUUUUUCUGGCUGAAAUUUUCGAAAAGGUAAGUUUCGAUCCCUAUAAUGUUCGGAUCACUAGACUUUCAGCUAGGAAAUCCGAACAGAUGAAAAAUUUUUAGGGGAUAAAAAUAUGCCUAUAUCUACCGUUUAAAAAACCAAAAUACGUUUAACAAUGCUAUGUUUUAGUGGUUUUGAACUAUAUUCUCGUUGGGUGCCCCUGAUAAGUGUUAACUUCUAAGACUAGAAACAUUCAACUUUUGACGAAAGACGAUUUCCUAGGCUGUUUAAUAAACGAAUCAUUACGCCAUGAUUUUUUAGAUUUGGUGCGAAGUGAGGCCAAGCUCAAAUGCGACCCUACUCUGGCCUCAGUCUUGAAUCUUGUAGGGGGAAAUAAAUUUUUCGUUUUCUAAUCUGUUUGCAUUUUUUGGUAUGACGACAAAACCCUCUUUAGUAGAAUUUGUAAGUGAUGCCAGCUUUUUUGGGGGGGAAAUUCUGCCAAAUGGCCUUUUAGCUUUAGAGCUUUUCUUGACCUUUUUUAUUUAGCAUUCUAGAAUUCUCGCCGGCUCCAAAGUUUUAACUCAAUAGAAAUAUUAACUGCGAUUUUUUCCUUGCAUUUCAGGUUAUCUUUAUCUGGUUUUGCGUGGAUUGGUCAGGAAUCUCUUAUGCUGGUUAUCAGUAUCCGCCCUGGGCAGAGUUCCUGGGAUGGAUGUUGUGCAUAGUAUCAAUGCUUUGUGUCCCUGGUUACGCCAUUUAUCGUUACAUCAAACUGCCUGAGGGUGGCAGCUUUACGCAGGUAACAACUACACAUUUGCCUACCAUUUUUAAGGAUGUCAUUUGCGGCAGCGUUCUAACAACCCUAUGAAAGGGAAUCCAAGACAGUCUUGGAUUCUGGAUUCCACCCCGUGGAUUUCGGAUUCCACUGGUACUGGAUCCCAGUCUUUGUCAGUGGAACCUGGAUUCUGGGUUCCAAUCGUUAGUGGGAUUCCGGAUUAUCAAAGUCCAGGAUUCCGGAUCCGGAUUCCCUUACAUCGGACGCAUAAUUGCAUGUCGCCAAGUGAAAAAAAAUCUGUAUACAAGUUUUGCUUAGGAAGCGCAAUGCCAAGAAAGUACGAAUGACUACUCGGUUAACUGUAAAAGCCUUUAUAUGGGUUAUUUCAUUCAGGCAAUAUGAUCAUAAUUAUCAUAAACAACAACUUUGAUCGUUGCAAUCUGAUAAUAUUUCUUAGAUGUUAAUCUUUGUUUCCUUUCAUAUAAAUAGGACAGCUUGAGUAGCUUGGUUAAUUUGUUUUUAUUCAUUUUUCUCACCAUAAUUGUCUAUUUCUUUACUUCUUCAGCGUUUCCGCCAAAUCCUUCUUCCAGAUGAAAGGGUUAUGAGCAAAAUCCGACAAAAAUACGGACUUGCAGAAAAAAGGUAAGAUAAUGUGAUCUUCUUAAUUUGGUGUGCAUUAAAAACGAAAGCCAAACGUGAUAGAUUGAACCUUGAGAGUGGGCGCUUGUUCGAGGUUGGGCGGCUAUUAAUUUUUCACAGAUAUAAGUGAUUGUAAUAGCCUGCGUAACAGGCGCUUGUAGUGGGCGAACGAGAGAACGAUCGCGCGCGAGGGAGACACGCGAGGGGUGAUUUACUUCUCACGUGCCCUUUUUUUCUUGUGCCCACUACUUCCAAGCGCCUUCUACGCAGGCUACGAUUGUAAUUACAUUUUUUCAACAAACGUGAAGAUGCUCCAAAGCAGAUUCAACUGUUAAUGGAAUGUUUCUUUAAAAUACUAAGAAAACUCGGUCUUCAGGUUUUUUCAACUUUUAACAUGGACCAGUUAAGGUACGGAAAACGGGCAACAAAAAACGUGCAAGUUGUUCUGCAACAUUGCUGCAAAACCAAUUGAAUAGCGCUGUUGCGCGUUUUACCACCCACAUCAAACCUGUCUUGCAACAAAUCAGGUUGUUAACAGGUUUAAACAGGUUUAAACACUAUUCAACUCGUUUUGCAGCGAUGGUGCAAAACGAGUUGCUCGUUUUCGCUGCCCGUUUUUCCAUAUGUUAAGGGGAAAUACGUCACUGGGAAGAGCGCCUUAAAAUUAGUAAAACUGCCAAGUUUGAAAGUGAUUUGUUGAAAACUAACGAAGAUAUGACUCCUCAAAGUCGCGAAAUUUUACAGACGUUUGAAUGGUGGGAUUUCACAAACUUGCCCCCACCCCUCCCCCCACCCCAUCAUGCAUAUACAUGUACAAACGUCUGUAAAUUUUCGCACCUUUGCGGACCUACAUUUUCGCUCGCUUAGGACGUUUCACUUUCAAAUUUUGCAAGGCGCUCUUCCCAGUGCUGUCGACGGAUUUUCCCUAACUACUCCAUGUCAAAAGUUGAAAAAACCCUGGAGGAGUUUUUUUCAAUCUCAUUGUCAGUAUUGCCAAUUCUUUUGGUGGGAGAUGGUAAGGGGUGGGCGCUUAUUCGAUGAUUGGUGCUCAUUAACUUUUCCUGCCUAUAGGGUGGAUGGUUAUUUGAGGUGGGCGCUUAUUCGAGGUUGGGCGCUUAAUUGAAUAAAUACGGUAUUUCACUUUUUUGUAAGUUAGCCUAGUCUAUUCUAAUCCGUGACGUGUCUUUUUCAUUGCAGGACUCAUUACUACGAAGAAUAAUCAACUCAGUAUCACAAUUUACUGUCGCUGCUAAGUCUUUCAAUCAUAUAGUUGCCUACUAAACAAUGCUAGAUUAGUUAAUGAUAAAUGGGAAUUGCUCCCCAGUUUAGUGACAAGGUUCAGCCAUUUUCUUACUAAAGAGAUGCUUUGUUCCGCAGGAUUUAAGUGCUUUACGCAUUCACAAUGUUGGUGAUGGGACUUAUUAAAACAUUUUCUACUCGCAUUUCUAGUCAAUAGACGCAAGGGAUGGGAAGACCUUCCGAAAGCAGCCUUUUGGGGGGGCGAAGAAGUAUGCGUUUCUCUCGCCCCAGGAGGUUCCACUCUAACCUAACCCUCGCGGAAAUAACUCUUGUACCACACGUGACGAAGCAAAAUCUAUUUUUAGAGGGAAUAAAGGGUAAAAAGAUAUUAUCCCCAUUAUAAUAGACCCUAUUUUCUAGGUAAUCCUUCUCAAUUAGUCUAAUUUUUAGUGACAGAACGGCAGGAAAUUUGAAUUAAGGUUUUUAAAAGUUGUAACGCAAUAAUUAGCCCAAAUUUUUCAUCCAGCGUAUAAUUCGUCUUUCCUGUCAUUUUGUUGUUAAAAACAAUUUGAGAAGGAAUAAAGCCUAUAUAGUCCAACGCGGUCAAACGGCUUAGGCAAUUUUCGUUUAACAUGUAUUUAAGUGGGUUAUCGUUCUCCAUGAAAUGGAAAAACGGGAAAGGAAUUUUUAAAUAAUUGUAAGAUAUUAGUUAUUGCAAUUAUCUUUGUAUUUUGUCAAAAUAAUCAGCUUCCUUUCUUUGAAAACGCUUCGCGCCAGAGUAAAAUUACGUUGUCGGACACAUGGCGCCGCCAAUAACUCCAGCUAUAGUUUUUAGGCACUAGACCUUUUUAAGCACGAUUUCAAAAAGAGUGGUAAAUCGUGUAAUAAUAGUGUAUUGUUAAUGUCUUAAACUGUAAACACUGCAAGUAAUGACCUCAACUUAAAACUUUGCUUAGCUUUUGAUUUCUCUCCGUUUGAUCAAGGAGAACCUACAUAGGGAUCUACUCUCUAAUACCCUUGAUGCUCUCUAGUAAAUGCACACCCAUGUAAGCUAAUCAAAUCCAAGACAGCCUUGGGUGCUGGACUCCACGCUGUGGAUUCCGGAUCUCAGGUACUGGGUUCCAGAUUCCCUCUACGUGGAGCUUGGAUUCCGGAUUCCACAAGAAAAAAAAUCCAGGAUUGUGGAAUCCGAAGUACCGAGCCAUUGGGCGAGGUUUCGUUUCAGUGACAUAUCUCACUUUCAUAUAUUUACUCUUGAGUGACUUUGAAUAAUAAUAGCCUUUGAAAUGAAAGCUGGUAAGCGAUAAUUUCUGGUAGUACAUGUAUUGUAUGUUGUUUAAAAUUUAAGGGGAGCGAAAUAAAGACUGAUAGAAGAUACUUAUCUUUUUAAUUAAUGAUCCAUUAUGUUAUUACCCUAAAACUGACCUAGAGACGCAUGCAAGUAUCUAGGAAUAUGAGUGAAUCCGUGAUGUUAAUCAAUUAAUAAUCAGUAGAUAAUCAACCAGUAAUCAUGAUCAGGGAAUUUACGUGGCGAAACACUUUGCAUUGUGGGGUAACGGCCUUGCAGGGCAGCUUGUU